AUGUUUUGGGUGAGGACCUGUCCCUCAGACCUGGAAACCCCCCUCCGAGGGUCUGGCCGGCCAAUUGGUGGCGUCUGCGAGGGUGAUGCAGGCUGGCCCCCCCGGUAUAAAGACCUAAAGCACCAUCUGGGCCCUCCUGAGCAGUUGAAGCAUUCCCAGCCUCGCCUCGGGUGGAGGGAUUGCACGGAGGGAAAGCAAAACUACACCGUCUGUGUACUGUGUAGUUUUGUUUCUGCGGGGGGGAUUCGGAGGCUCGACUGUUCUCACCUUGGAUUUUUCUGCCAAAUCUUUCUGGAUAAGGAGACUGUUUCCUGUCUGUCCCGGGACCACGUCCCAACACUUCCAGGCACGCUUGUGGAUACAACGGAGACGGCCCCCCCCAGCUUCUCCCAGCGGCUGCAGAGCGCCGCGGUGCGCCAGGGCAGCCAGGUGAAGCUGGACGUGCGCGUGUCGGGGAUCCCGGAGCCCACCGUGAAGUUCUUCAGGGAGGGGGCCGAGAUCCAGAGCUCCGCCGACUUCAGGAUCCUGCAGGACGGAGAGCUGCACAGCCUGCUGAUCGCCGAGGCCUUCCCAGAGGAUUCUGGGAAUUAUUCUGUCACCGCCAGCAACAGCAGCGGGCGCGCCACCUCCACCUGCGAGCUGCUGGUUCAAGGUGAAGAAGCCGUUCCAGCAAAGAAAACCAAGACGGUGAUUUCAACUUCUCAGAUUUCACAGAGCCGUCAGACCAGAGUGGAAAAGAGGACGGAGGCCAGUUUCCAGGCCACCGCCAUGAUGGAGAUGCAGGUGGAGAGCGCCGAGAUGACUCGGCAGCUCACUCACAAGACUCCACCCAGAGUUCCUCCCAAACCCAUGUCCAAGUCGCCUCAGCCAUCGCUGGCCGCCAAGGUGGCCGCAGGACGCCAACAGUCGCCGUCACCGGUCAGACACGUGAAGGCGCCCACACCCACGCCUGGCAGGCCGGUGAAGUCCGAUGCCGACGUCCCGCCGCCCUGGAAGCGCGGAGACUUCGUGGCCGAGGCCAGCUACACCAGCAUGACCAGUAUGACCAGUACAACCAGCAGCUCCGUCACCCGGAUGGGCCAGGAGCAGCACUGGGAGCAGCAGGUCACCGGCGUCAAACAGGUGAUGGAGGCCGCAGCUGUCCCGUCUGCAGGGGGCGCCGUGAUCCCAGCCACGCUGGUGUCGGGUUUAAAGAACACUAAUGUGACGGAGGGCGAGUCGGUGACCCUGGAGUGCCAGAUCAGCGGUCACCCCACCCCCGUCAUCAUGUGGUUCAGAGAGGACUACAAGAUUGAGAGCUCCAUAGAUUUCCAGAUCAUCUACGAGAACGGAUUCGCCCAGCUGGUGAUCCGGGAGGCGUUCGCCGAAGACAGCGGACGCUUCACCUGCACCGCCACUAACGAGGCGGGAACUGUCAGCACUUCCUGUUACCUGCUGGUCCAGGUGUCCGAGGACAUCGAGAGCAGGGAGGACGUCGCUGUUGUUACUGAACAUGUUGAAACUGCUGAAAAACUAGUAACCGAAGAAGCCAAAGAGGGGACUGUGUCCCAGGUGAGCGCGGCCGGGGCCGAUUCCGUGGCCGAAGCUGCCGCCCCUCCCGCCGCUCCCUUCUUCAUCACGAAGCCCAGCGUCCAGAAGCUGGUGGAAGGGGGGAGCGUGGUGUUUGAGUGCCAGGUUGGGGGGAGCCCCAAACCACACAUCAUCUGGAAGAAGGGCGGCGUCCCGCUCACUACCGGAUACAGAUAUAAAGUUGCUUACAAGAAGGAAACGGGAGAAUGUAAGCUAGAGAUCUCCAUGACUUUCGCUGAUGACGCCGGAGAAUACUCCGUCUAUGUGAAGAACCAGCUGGGAGAAGUGUCCGCCUCCGCCAACCUGCUGGAGGAAGAGGAAUACGAAGUCUACAUGAAAAAACAGCAAGAGACCUUUACGACUGAAGUGACAACCAUGGUACAGGAGCCCAGAGUGGGAGACCUCCCCCCAAUGGAGCAGACCACCACCACCAUUCCUGAGUCAUGGUCUGGUCUGCAGGAGUUCCACCUCUCGGCCAUGGAGCUGAGGACCAUCCAGGACCUGGAGGUCUCCAUCAUGAGGAUCACCUACCGCGAGAUAGUGUCUGAGGAUGGGGAGCUGAUGGUGACUGCCACCCCCACCGAGGCCACGCAGCCAAGCUUCCAGACCCCCGUCAAGAACUACCGCAUAAGGGACGGGAUGAGCGUCACGUUCCACUGCCAGACGACUGGGAUGCCUCUCCCUAAGGUCGCCUGGUUCAAAGACGGCCAGCGUCUCCGGGCCGGAGACCGCUACCAGAUGGACGUCCUCCAGGACGGACGGGCCAGUCUCCGUCUGCCCGUGGUUGUCCCAGAGGACCAAGGGGUGUACACCGCCUUCGCCUCCAACAUGAAGGGCAACGCCGUCAGCUCUGGGAAGCUCUACGUGGAUACAGCUGGGACCCCCCAGAGACUCACCCCCCAGCCCCAGCCCGCCAUGCAGAGGAUCAGGUCCACGUCUCCCCGCUCUCUGAGCCGGUCUCCCGGCCGGUCCUCCAGCCGGUCUCCGGGACGGUCUCCGGCUCGCCGGCUGGACGAGACGGAUGAGGCCCAGCUGGAGAGACUCUACAAGCCGGUGUUUGUCCUGAAACCGUCGUCCUGUAAAUGCUCCGAGGGACAGACGGCCAGAUUUGACCUGAAGGUGGUCGGGAGACCGAUGCCCGACACGUACUGGUUCCUCAACGGACAACAAGUGGUGAGCGACCACACCCACAAGAUCGUGGUCAAAGAGGACGGGACCCAGUCCCUGAUCAUCGUCCCGGCCCUUCCCCAGGACUCUGGGGAGUGGACCGUCAUUGCCCAGAACCGGGCCGGACGGGCGUCCAUGUCCGUCACGCUCACUGUGGACGCUAAAGAAACCCUGACGCGUCCCCAGUUCACGGAGAAACUCAAGAACAUCAGCGUGAAGCAGGGCACCCUAGUGGAACUGGCGGUCCGAGCGAUCGGGAACCCCCUCCCCGACAUUGUCUGGCUGAAGAACAGCGACAUCAUCACCCCACACAAGCACCCACACAUCAGGAUUGAAGGAGCCAGAGGAGAGGCCAAAUUCCAGAUUCCCUCGUCAGCCGGCACUGACAGCGCCUGGUACACUGCGACAGCCAUCAACAAGGCUGGCAGAGACACCACUCGCUGCAGGGUCAAUGUCGAGGUAGACUACGUUGAACCUGAACCAGAGAGGAAGCUCGUUAUUCCCAAAGGAACCUACAAGGCCAAGGAGAUUGCCCCGCCAGAGCUGGAGCCCCUUCAUCUGCGGUAUGGCCAAGAGCAGUGGGAGGAGGGCGACCUUUACGACAAAGAGAAGCAGCAGAAACCACAGUUCAAGAAGAAGCUGACUUCUAUCAGGAUGAAGCGCUUUGGUCCGGCUCAUUUUGAGUGCAGACUGACUCCGAUCGGCGACCCCACCAUGGCGGUAGAGUGGCUGCACGACGGCAAACCCCUAGAGGCUGCUAACCGGCUCCGCAUGGUCAACGAAUUUGGCUACUGCAGCCUGGACUAUGAAGCCGCCUACGCCAGAGACAGCGGCGUCAUCACCUGCAGAGCCACCAACAAGUUUGGGGCCGAUCAGACCUCGGCCACUCUGGUUGUCAAGGACGAAAAGGGCCUUGUUAACGAAACACAACUUCCUGAAGGCAGGAAGGGAGCGCACAGAAUGGACGAGAUGGAGCGCCUGGCUCAUGAGGGAGGACCCUUCGGAGUCACUGCUGAUGAAGCCUCUGAGAAAGUGAAGCCAGAGAUUGUUCUUCUUCCUGAAACAGCAGCAGUGAUGGAAGGUGAAACUGCACGAUUCCGCUGCAGAGUGACCGGAUAUCCAUCGCCCAAGGUCAACUGGUACCUCAACGGGCAACUCAUCCGCAAAAGCAAAAGAUACAGACUCCGGUAUGAUGGUAUUUAUUACUUGGAGAUCACUGAUGUCAAAUCCUAUGACUCAGGAGAAGUGAGAUUGGUGGCGGAAAACAACAUUGGCUCAGUUGAGCACACUGUGAAGCUGGAGAUCCAACAGAAAGAAGACUUCAGGACUCAUCUGCGCCGAGCCCCAGAGGGCAAGGCAGCCGAGGCCGCACCCGAACCUGGAAAAACAUCAUUCGAGGUGGUGAAGGCCGAGAAACCCGGAGACGACUCUCAGCUGAAGGAGGUGGUGAAGCUGAAGAAGGCCCAGAGAAUUGUCCAUGAGAAAUCCACGGAAGAGUCGGACGAGCUGAGGGGCAAGUUCAAACGCAGGACGGAGGAAGGCUACUACGAGUCCAUCACUGCGGUGGAGCUCAAGUCACGCAAGAAGGACGAGUCCUAUGAGGAUCUGCUAAAGAAAACAAAGGAGGAGCUGCUUCACCGGAAGCAGGAGAAGGAGGCGGCUGACAAGAAGAAAGAGGACGAGCGCCGCAAACUCACAGCUACACCUCUAAAACCAGAGAGGGUCAAGCUCUCGGCGAGCAUGGAAGCUCCUAAGAUCGUGGAGCGCAUCACCAGCCAGACAGUUGCACAGGGGGAUGAAGUCAAGUUCAGAGUCCGAGUCGUGGGCAGACCAGCCCCUCAGUGCCAGUGGUUCAAGAACGGCGUCCAGCUGGAGAAGACUGAACGUAUAAACUGGUACUGGCCUGAGGAUCACGUGUGUGAACUGACCAUCAGAGAUGUCCGAGCUGAGGAUUCGGCCAGUGUCAUGGUUAAAGCUGCAAACACUGCUGGGGAGACUUCAGGACACGCUUUCCUGCUGGUGCAAGCAAAGCAAGUCAUCAGCUUCACACAGAAGCUGGAGGACGUCAACGCCAAAGAGAAGGACACCAUGGCGACCUUCGAGUGUGAGACCAACGAGCCAUUUGUCAAGGUCAAAUGGCUGAAGAACAACGUGGAGAUCUUCUCCGGAGACAAGUAUAGGAUGCACUCGGACAGAAAGGUCCACUUCCUGUCUGUGCUGAUGAUCAGCAUGAGUGAUAAUGCAGAGUUUACCUGCAAGGUGAUCGACGAAGACGUCAGUACGACCGCCAAGCUCAACGUUGAAGGUGAACCGCUGCAAAUCCUGAAGAAGCUGGAGAGCACCGAGGUCCCUGAGACGUACUCCGGAGAGUUUGAGUGUGUUGUGUCCCGGGAGGACGCCGAAGGCAGCUGGUUCUUUGGAGACAAGCCGCUGUCCCCCAGCAGUAAAUACGUCAUGUCUUCCCGCCGUGGAAGACACACCUUGUCUGUCAAAGACGUGGAGAAGAAGGACCAGGGGAAGUACACCUUCGCCGUGGGGGAGUUCAAGACAAGUGCCUCGCUCAAGAUGAAAUUGCGUCCCGUGACCCUGAUCCAGCCUCUGGCGGAUCUGACCGUCUGCGAGGGCGACAUCGCUCAGCUGGAGGUCAAGUUCUCCCAGGAGAACGUGGAAGGAGUCUGGACGAAGAAUGGAAAGCCAAUCACAGCUUCCGACCGGGUGCACAUCGUUAUCGACAAACAGAUCCACAAACUCCUGAUUGAAGACACCAACAAGGAUGAUCACGCAAAGUACUCGUUUGACGUCCCUGAUCAGGGGAUCUCAACCUCUGCAAAGCUGCUUGUUCAGACAAUCGGCAUCUUGAUCCCCCUGAAGGACAUGAGUGCCGUUGAGGGCACCAAGGCCGUCCUGGAGACCAAGAUCUCGGCUCAGGACAUCAGCUCCAUCAAAUGGUACCACAACAACAAGCUGCUGGUGCCCAGUGACAGAGUCCAGAUGGUCUCAAAGGGGGCCAAGCAGCGCCUGGUCUUCACCCGGACCUACGCCUCUGAUGAGGGACACUACAAGCUGGUUGUUGGUCGCGCCGACACCAGCUGCACACUCUCUGUUCAGACGGUCCAGAUCUUGAACCCAAUCAAGGAUAAGGAGUGCUCCGAGUCUGAGAACGUGACAUUCGAGGUCGAGGUUUCUCACCCGGGCAUCGACGCCUUCUGGACCUUCAAGAGACAACUGCUCAAAGCCAGCGCCAAGUACAAGAUGGAGUCCCGGAACAAGCGCCACACGCUGACCGUCAUGAACGCAAUGAAGGACGAGGAGGGCGAGUACAUGUUCGCCGCUGGGGAGAAGAUGUGUGUUGCUAUGCUAACAGUGUCAGGUGGCGCCAUCACAAAGCCUCUGCACGACCUAGUGGUGGCCGACUCCCAGACCGCCGUGCUGGAGUGUGAGGUUGCCAACCCCACCGCCGAGGGCCGGUGGCUGAAGGACGGCCAGCCCGUGGACUUCACCGAGAACACGCUCAGCGAGGUGAAUGGCGCCGUCAGACGCCUCGUCAUCAUGAUCACCAAGGCAACCGACAUCGGAGAGUACACCUACCAGGUCGCCACGUCCAAGACCUCCGCCACGCUCAAAGUCGAGGCUGUGAAGAUCAAGAAGACCCUGAAGAACCUGAACGUGGUCCAGACCCAGGACGCCCUGUUCAGCCUGGAGCUGACCCACGAGGACGUGCGAGGAGCCCAGUGGAUCAAGAACGGCGUUGAGAUCCAGCCCAGCAGUAAAUACGAGAUCACUAUCGAGGGCACGGUCCACAACCUGAAGAUCAAGACCUGCAGCACGCAGGACGAGUCUGUCUACUCCUUCAAACUGGGAAAGCUGUCUGCGAGCUGCCGGCUUAACGUGGAAACCAUCAAAAUCCUGAAGAAGCCAACGGAUGUGACAUCACUGUUGGGUGGGACGGCUGUGUUUGAGUUGGGCAUCUCCGAGGACAACAUCCCCGUCAGGUGGAUGUUCAACGACGUGGAGCUGAGGCCAGACGCCAGCUACAGGAUGCUGUCGGAGAAGAAGAACCACAAGCUGACGGUCCAGGAUGUGGACGGAAGCAAGGAGGGCCAGUACACAGCCGUGGUGGGCCACCUGCAGUGCAGCGCCCGCCUAACCGUGGAGUCGCUGCGAGUCACCAGACCGCUGAAGAGCGUGAGCGUCCCGGAGACACAGGCGGCCACGCUGGAGUGUGAGGUGUCCCACUUCAACGUGGCGUCCACCUGGCUGAAGGACGGCGUGGAGGUGGAGAUGAGCGAGAAGUUCCGGAUGCUGGUUCAGGGGAAAGUCCACCAGCUGAAGAUCAUGAACACGGGCCGGGACGACGCCGCCGAGUACACCUUCGUCUGUGGGACGGACCGCGUGUCCGCCACGCUCACCGUCAGCCCCAUCGAUAUAACAGCGCUGUUGCAGGACGUGGAGGCAAAGGCCAAAGACACGGUGACGUUCGAGGUGACCGUGAACUACGAGGACAUCACGUACAAAUGGCUGAAGAACGGCGUGGAGAUCCGGUCCACGGACCGGUGCCAGGCGCGCUGCAAACAGCUGACACACACGCUGACCAUCCGGAACGUUCACUUUGGAGACAGCGCUGAGUACACGUUCAUGGCUGGCGCCGCCGUCACAACUGCCAGGCUCUACGUUGAGGCCCGCGUGGUUGAGUUCACCAAACACCUGAAGGACCUGAAGGUCACGGAGAAGAAGAGAGCGACCUUCGAAUGUGAAGUCUCUGAAGACAACGUCCAGGUGAUGUGGAUGAAGGACGGCCAGGAACUGGAGACCUCCGACAGAUAUAAGAUGAGCACCGAUAAGUCGAUGCACCACCUGACGUUGCCGUCGGUGCGCCUAUCGGACGCCGGUGAGUACACGGCGGUGGCCGGGUCCAGCAUGUCCAAGGCCCAGCUGGUGGUCCUGGGGAGGGACGUCUGGAUCUCAGAGCCCCCCAGCAGGGAGGUCUCGGUCGUGGAGAAGCAGCGGGCAACCUUUGAGUUCGAGGUGAACGAGGACGACGUGGAGGGCCGCUGGCUGAGGAAUGGCGUGGAGAUCCAGGUCUCGGCGGAGGAGCGGUUCUCCUACGUCUGCAUCCGGCGGCUGCACCGCCUCACGGUGUCGGAGACGUACCGCAGCGACGCCGGAGAGUACACCUUCAUCGCCGGCAAGAACCGCAGCGCCGUGCAGCUCACCGUCAGACUGCCCGAGCCCCCCCAGAUCGUGCGCCACAUGCAGCCCCAGACGGCGAUGUCAGGCCGCUCGGUCCGCUUCUCGGUGCAGACUAGCGGGCUGCCGGAGCCCCAGGUGUCUUGGUCCAAGGACUCCCAGGCCCUGGCCCCCAGCUACAGGUGCAAAUUCCUCCAGGACGGUGGGGAGCACACGCUGCUGCUGCUAGAGGUCUUCCCCGAGGACGCCGCCGUGUACAGCUGCGAGGCCCGGAACGAGUACGGCGAGGCGGCCAGCUCCGCCACGCUCACCGUGGAAGUCCCAGAGGUGGCUGAAGCCGCGGCCCGGGUGUCGGCACCGGUCCUCCUGGCUCCCAUGCGGGACAUCCUGGUCCCCGAGGGAGACCGGGCCCAGUUCCAGUGCUCCGUCUCCGGGGAAGAUCUGCAGAUCUGCUGGUUCUGCGGCGACCGAGAGAUCCGGCAGUCGGACGUCUUCACCGUGUCUCGGUACGGUCCGACGUGCCAGCUGGACAUCUCCAGGGUGCUCACCCACCACGAAGGGGAGUUCUCCUGCACCGCCUCAAACUCGGCGGGAAUGGUCGCGUGCUCCGCGACUCUGAACAUCGACGUAACGGCAGCCAAGCACGAGCCUACGACUAUGACAAAGGAGGAAGUCAAAGUGAAACCUGUGUUCAGGCACAGAAUCGUCCCUGUGGAGAUCAACACUGGCAACCAUGCCAAGUUUGAAUGUGAAACUGAGGAUGCUCCAAAUGUGAGCUUCAAGUGGUUCAAAGAUGGACACCAAAUCAAAGAGAGUGAAAAAUACAGGAUAAUCAGUCGCUUCAGUACUUCCUCUCUGGAGCUUCUGAACCCAACCAAGGAUGAUAGCGGUGAAUACACCUGCAAGGCGUCCAAUCAGCAUGGUGGGGACGAAUGUUCUGCCUCUCUCCAUGUGACAGAGCAUUGCGCCCCUUCCAUUAUAACUAAACCUGAGCCUCAGACUGUGUUUGUUGGAAAGAGGGCAAUGAUACAGUGUGUAAUAACAGGAUCUGCCCCACUGAAUGUUGUCUGGCUCAAAGACAACCAGGCUUUGCCCAAAGUGCCCACACACUACCAAACAUCAUGUGAAAAGAAUAAGCACACACUUGAGAUAAGCAACGUUUUGCCAGAUGAUAUGGGGCUUUAUGUGUGCAAGGUGUCCAAUAAUUUUGGGACAACCGACUGCAGCAUGGAGCUGCGUGUUAUUGAUAAACCCAACUUUGUAAAGCCCCUGGUUCCCAUCGCGGCUGUGGUGGGAAGUCCUCUGCACCUGGAGUGUCAGGUGGAUGAGGACACUGGAGUAACUGUCACCUGGACCAGAGAUGGUAGAAAAGUCCAUCAGUCUCCAGACUGUAAACUGUCUUUUGAGGAUAAGACAGUUACUCUUGAUAUCCUAAAGACCACACUGAAAGAUUGUGGAAAUUAUGUGUGUACGGUGAAAAAUGAAGCUGGAAGUGAAAGCUGCUCCACCUCGGUCAAGGUCCAAGAACCGCCAGUCUUUGUAAAGAGGCUGGAAGCCACCUCCGUUUGGAAGCAAGGCAGCACUGCACGUCUGCAGUGUACCAUUAAAGGAUCCCCUGAACUUCACACGUCCUGGUUCUUUAAUAACAAGGAGUUGUUUGCUGGUGGCAGAUAUGAUAUCAGUCUGAAGGACGGUGUAACAACUCUUGAGAUAAAGGAUGUCAUGUUGAGUGACAGUGGGAACUUUACCUGUGAGGUUCUCAAUGAGUCUGGCUGUGAAAGCUGCACCACUAAAGUAACAGUGAAAGAACCGCCGUCAUUCCGAAAGGAGUUACUCCCCUUAGAGGCGGUCAGAGGGUCUGUAGCUGUAUUGGAGUGUGAGAUUUCAGGCUCUGCGCCAUUCGAGGUGACCUGGAAAAAGAAUAAGAAAAGCCUGUCAGCAGAUAAGAAGUACAGGAUAGUGUCGCAGGGCUCCCUGGCCUCACUGGAGAUCCACUCGUUUGAGAGCGCUGACGCUGGUGAAUACGAAUGUGUCAUAUCAAACCAGGUUGGGUCAGUAGCCUCAAAGUCAUUGGCUAAACAGAGAGAGCCACCAAUGUUCUCAAAGAGGAUGGAAAGUUUGACAGCAGUGUUGGGACACACAGUGAAGCUACAGGGAACACUUAAAGGAUCAGCUCCCAUCAAUAUCAAAUGGAUGAAAGACUCUGAGCUGCUAAGAGAUGACGAUCCAAAUGUCAAAAUGGCUUUCGAGAACAACAUUGCUAGCAUUUCCUUCUCAUCUGUUGAGAUAAACCACGGCGGCAAGUAUACUUGCCUUGCCGAAAAUGAGGCGGGACAGCAAAAGUGUGAAGCUGUCUUAACAAUUCAAGAACCGGCUAAACUCAUAGAGAAAGCAGCGUCCAUCAGUGUGACUGCAGGCGAAUCAGCCACACUGGAGUGCACAGUAUCUGGAAGCCCAGACCUCAAAGUGAAAUGGUUUAAAGACGGCAAAGAGAUGAUCAGUGGCCGUAAAUAUAAGAUGACUCUGAAGGAAAAUAUUGCCUCCAUGAAGAUUCUUACGGCUGAUAAAGGAGACACUUCUGAGUACAAGAUGGAGGUGUCAAAUAAAGUCGGAAAAGACGAGUGCACCUGCUCAGUCACUGUUAUAGAUCGUGCAGUCCCACCAUCCUUCACCAAAACUCUAAAGAAAGUGGACGGGAGUAUUGGUAGUACUGUUACGUUGGAAUGCAGAGUUGCUGGAUCUCAGCCGAUGGUUGUUUCUUGGUACAAAGAUGAUACAGAAAUCCACAGCAAUGACAAAUACAGGCUUGAUUUCACUGAGAUUAAAGCCUCUGUGACGAUAACUGGCCUGGAGCAAAGUGAUGGUGGAGUUUAUCAAUGCCGGGUCUCUAAUGAUGCCGGAGAAAUAGAGACCAGUGCUUCUUUGUCCGUCAAAGAACCACCAGUCUUCACGUUGAAACCUGAGUCCCAGGACACUUCACCGGGAUCAGAUAUUAUCAUGAAAUCAGCCUUUACAGGAUCAGCUCCUGUGGUUGUUAAAUGGUUCAGAGAGGAGAAAGAGAUUUUCUCUGGGGGGAGGUGUUGCAUAAAGAAAGAUGUCUCUUCAAGCUCGUUGGAGCUUCGCUCUGUGCAACCCAGUGACUCGGCUAAGUACACAUGCCAGGUAUCCAACGAUGCUGGGAAGGUGGACUGCACCGCAGCCCUCUUUGUUAAAGAAGCCCCAACAUUUACAAUGAAGCUCGAGCCUUCACAGCUCCUGAAAACUGGACAAACUCUGAAGUUGUCCUGCAAAGUGCAGGGCACCCCUGUUAUUAGCAUCAAAUGGUUUAAGAACGGCUCAGAAAUCUCUUCUGACAGCAGACACACGAUGUCCUUCGACAGCUCGUUAGCGACUCUGGAGGUAGAGAACUGCUCUGUAGACGAGAGUGGAGAUUAUGUCUGUAGGGCGUCCAGCGAGGCUGGCAGACAGGAGUGCAGCAGCUCAGUCACUGUCAAAGAUCCUCCCGUGUUCGUGAGGCCUUUUGAAUCAUCUGAGCUUAUAAAGGGAUCUGACAUUAUCUUGAGAGGAACCGUUUCAGGUUCCCCUCCAUUUGAAAUAUCUUGUUACCUCAAUGAUAAGCUGGUCAGAACUGACAAAAGACAUGAGAUCACUGUGGAAAACGACACAGUGACUCUUCAAAUCCCAAAGUGUGAGACUGGAGAUGCUGGGACGUACCAGUGCACUGUUGCAAAUGAUGUUGGGGAGACAUCUUGUUCUUGCCAGAUUUCACUGAAAGCCUACAGCCUGAUCUGUGGUCUUCUCUCACUAGAAUCACCAUCAUUUGUUGAGAAACUAAAGGAUAUAACCUGCAUGGUGGGCUCUGAGAUCUCAAUGAAGUGUGUGUUGUCUGGGUCACUACCCCUGACUCUGUCCUGGAUCAAGGAUGAUCAGGAGCUCACAGAAGACGAGCAUGUUAAGAUGUCCUAUGAUACCGAAACCGCAUUAGAGAUUUGUUGCCUCAGUGAAAAAGACAGCGGUAAGUAUUUCUGUGAAGCCAGCAACGCAGCCGGCACAGAGAGCUGCACUGCUGAGCUAGAAGUGAAAGAACCGCCCAGGAUCCUUGAAAAGCCAGAUGUAAUCAAAGUGAUUCGUGGAGAUCCAGUUAGUCUUGAGUGCAGAGUAGCUGGCAGUCUUCAGAUCAGGGUAAGAUGGAUUAAAGAAGGCAGAGAGGUCCAGUCCAGCAGGAAACAUCACCUCUCCUUUAAAAACCAGCUCAGCAGUCUGAACAUAGAGGCGUCUCAGCUGGAAGACAGCGGAGAGUAUCUGUUCACAGCCACUAACUCCUUUGGGACUUGCAGAUUUGAGUGGAGGAAAGGGAAAGAAAAUAUCACCAAGAGCUCCAAAUAUGAGCUGCUGCACGUUGGAAAUACUGUGUUGCUGCAGUUCAAACUGAGCUUGAGCGCCGAUACGGGAGAAUACUCGUGUAAGGUGACCAAUGAAGCCGGCAGCUGUGGGUGCAGCGGCGUUCUCACAGCUAAAGUGCCACCGAGAUUCGUAGCUGAGCCUGAAUCUCAGGCGGUUGGUCCAAAGUCGACCGUGCUCUUCAGAAGUCUUUUUGAAGGAACAUCUCCAUUUACUGUGAAAUGGUUGAAGGACGGCAUUGAACUCCCCUCAGGGCCACGAUGUACCAUCAGGGUGGAGACGUAUGCUUCCUCUGUGGAGCUCCACUCGGUCGAGGCUCUGCAUUCUGGGCUUUAUUCCUGCCAAGUUAGCAACGCAGCAGGCGCAGUGCAAAGUGCAGCUGAGUUGUUGGUGCAAGAGCCCCCUCAGUUUGUCCUGAAACUUCCUCCCACUACGUUCGUGAAGCAGUGCGAGGGACACCGCUUCGAAUGCCAGGUCACCAGCUCACGCUCUCUGAACAUGUGCUGGUACAAAAAUGACCAAAAGAUAACGGAUGGAGGCAACUAUAAAAUCAUGUUUGUUGACUCGACUGCGUACCUCCAGCUUCACACCGUCAGGUUUGCAGAUAACGGAGUCUACUCCUGUGAGGCUCAUAAUGAUGCUGGCAGAGUGAGCUGCAGCACCGUUCUUACAGUCCAAGAGUCUCCAUCCUUUAUCAAAACACCAAGUCCGGUAGAGGGCGUUACAGGGAAAGACGCCAGCCUACACUGUGAGGUGUACGGCACUCCACCUUUCCAGGUUAACUGGUACAAAGACAAGAGACCUCUAAAGGACAACAGGAAAUAUAAGAUAGUCAGUGUGGCCAGCUCUGCCACCCUCCACAUUAUGAAGCUCGAGAAAGACGACGCUGGUCUUUACGAGUGCAGAGUGUCAAACAAUGUAGACAGUGCAACCUGUCGCACUACUAUUAGCCUGAAAGGUUUGUACCCCAUCAACACGUUCUCAAUCCCAACUUGUCAAAUGCUGACGCUUGAACAACCAGCAUUCGUCAAGAAACUGGCCGACCAGUCUGUGACAGUCGGCCAGCAGCUGACGCUGACCACUAAAGUGAAAGGCUCUGAGCCUUUGACUGUGUCCUGGGUUCAGGACAAGGACCACAUUCUCAGAGAAAGUGAUAACAGGAAGAUCAGCUUUGAGAAUAACGUGGUCACCCUUGUAGUUCCCAAAGCUGACUCGACCACAGCAGGGAAAUACACCUGCCAGCUGAAGAACGACUCUGGAGUCGUGGAGUCUGUCUCCCACGUGACCGUUCUAGAGCCCGCUGUUAUUGUGCAUAGCCCGGAGUCUUUGAGUGUGAAGUCAGGCGAGAAUACUGCUCUUGAAGUCACAGUAUCUGGCUCACCAGAACUGAAAACUAAGUGGUUCAAGGAUAACAAAGCGCUCUCUGCUGGUGCAAAGUAUCAGACGUCCUUCUCAAAAAAGAUUGCCUCUUUGAAGAUCCGCUCUGCUGAUAAAGCAGACGCUGGAGAAUACAAGCUAGAGGUUACAAACCAUGUUGGUACAUCCUCUUGCAAAAUAAAGCUCUCCGUCACAGAUAAGUUGAUUCUGCCGAGUUUCAUACGGAAGCUGAGAGAUACCCACCUCGUUGUGGGUAAACCUGGUGAGAUGGAGUGCAAGGUCGCUGGAUCUGCACCUUUAACAACUUCCUGGUUCCACAACGGCCAAGAAAUCAAGAGUGGACCCAACUAUGAUAUUAGCUGCACUGACAAUAACUGCAAGCUGAUCGUUCCAACAAUCAGGAUGUCAGAUUCUGGUAAAUACACAUGUAAAGCAGUAAACGCUGCAGGAGCCAGCGAGACAAGUGCUUCGAUGAACGUGACAGAACCUCCAUGUUUUGUGGAAAAACCUGAGACCAAGGAAACAUUGGCCGGCAAAAAUGUGUCUUUCUCAUCUAAAGUGAAAGGCAGCGCCCCCCUGACAGUCAAAUGGUUCAGGGGAGCCAAGGAAAUGCAGCACGGAAGAGGCUGCGAGAUCUCACUGAAAAACGAUGUUGCCACUUUGGUGCUUCACAGAGUGGAAAAGUCCCACGCAGGAGAGUACACCUGCCAGGUCAUUAAUGGUGGAGGGAAGGAUAGCUGCCAAGUUAACCUGUUUGUGAAAGAACCCGUUCACUUUGUGAAGAAGCUGAAGGACAUUUCCUCUGAGAAAGGAAAUCCUCUUAGGCUUGAGGUUACAUUCGCUGGAACCCCCAGGGUCAAUGUUACCUGGAAGAAGGAUGGAAAUCUCAUCUGGGCUUCGUAUCAGUACAACGUGAUCCCCACGGACACCUCCUGCAUCCUGGAGGUCCUUAACUCUGACAGGAUGGAGGCAGCUGGUAGAUACUCUUGUGAAGUAGACAACGGAGUUGGAAGUGACAAAAGUGAUGCACAAGUGUCAAUUCUAGAACGACCAUACUUUGUUGAAAAGAUGGAGCCCGUGGAGGUGACCGUGGGCGACGCCGUUACCCUGAAAUGUCGUAUUUCAGGAAGUCCCGACAUCUCUGUAUCUUGGUUUAAAGCUGACGGGAAGCUGCGCAAGUCCAACACUUGCUCAAUGGACUUCGCAAACGGUGUUGCCACUUUGAAAGUGACCAAAACAACUAAGUUUGAUCACGGCGAAUACGUCUGCCUGGCAGAGAACCGGGUCGGUUCUGCUUCUGCCAGCUGUACUGUGACGGUGAAAGAACCCGUGCGCUUUAUCAAGAAGCUGGAGGACACUACUUUUAUUGUGGGUCAGCCACUGAAACUAGUCUGCUCGUACGCCGGGAGCCAGAGGGUCCACGUCACGUGGAAAAAGGAUGGCAAGCUGAUCUGGGCUUCUUAUCAGUAUAAUGUUAGAACUACUGAUGCCACCUGCAUUCUGGACGUCCUCAACAGCGACAGGCCCGAGGCCGCUGGAACGUACACUUGCGAAAUUGACAACGGCGUUGGACGCGACGUCUGCCACGCUUGUUGCACGUACACCGGCAGCCAGAGGGUUAACGUGACGUGGAAGAAGGACAACAAACUCAUCUGGGCCUCGUACCAGUACAACGUGAAGACCAGCGACUCCUCCUGCGUUCUGGAUGUCCUCAACAGCGACCGAGCCGCCGCCGCCGGAAAAUACACAUGCGAAAUUUCCAAUGCAGAAGGAACUGAAACUUGUCAUGCUCAUGUUAAAAUAGAGCGUAAAGUCCCGCCAUCUUUCACCAAGAAGCCUCCUGAGUCCAUGAUGGAUUCUGUGGGUAAGACGGUGAAAAUGGAGAGCCGUGUGACGGGCUCGCAGCCGCUGACCGUCACCUGGUUCAAGGACGACAGCGAAGUCUACAGCUCUGCCAAACACGACGUCAGCUUCGCCAACAACAUGGCCGUGCUGUGUGUCCGAGACUGCAGCAGCUCGGACAGUGGCGUCUACUCCUGCACGGCCGCCAACGAGGCCGGGAAAGCCUCAUGUCAGGUUGCUCUCACCAUCACAGAAUCCGGCCAGGCUGCGAGAUGCGACGUUCCUCUGCAGCCGGCAACGGUGAACGAGGGCGAGAAGCUGAGCCUGAAGUGCCACGUGAUUGGCUCUCCUCCACUCAACGUCCAGUGGAUGAAAGACCGGAGGGAGCUGAAGUCCAGCGGCAACACCAAGAUCACAUUUGUUGGUGGGACAGCCUGCCUGGAGAUCAGCCCGGUCUCAAAGAGCGACGGGGGGGAUUACCUCUGCAAGGCCAGCAACGCCAGCGGCAGCGACUUCUGCAAGGCCCGGGUCACUGUCAAAGAUAAAGGACUGAAGGCCCCCCCCAGCGAGGCCCCCGCCCAACCUGCAGCUGCCCCACCCAAAAGACUCGACAACCUUUUCUUCAUCGAGGAACUCCAAAACAUUUCUGCCCCAGAGAAGGGCACCGCGACCUUCAUCGCUAAGAUCGGCGGCGACCCCAUCCCAAGCGUGAAGUGGAUGAAGGGCAAAUGGCGGCAGAUCACACCCGGUGGGCGCAUCACCAUUGAGCACAAGGGCCAGGACGCCCGCAUGGAGAUCCGGGAGGUGACCAAGAGCGACGCCGGGCAGUACCGCUGCGUCGCCGCCAACAAACACGGAGAGAUCGAGAGCAGCGCCGACAUGGCCGUCACCAAGAAGGAGGAAGCGGAGGGACUCGGAGACAUUCGCACUAGGCUCAAGAGGACCCCCUCGAAGCAGAAGAGUCCGAAGAAAGAAGGGGACGUGGACAUCGUGGAGUUGCUCCGAGGUCACGACCCCAAAGAGUACGAGAAGAUCCUGACGGAGCACGGUAUCCAUGACUACCGCGCCAUCCUGCAGGCCAUGGAGUUCCUGAAGAGGGAGAAGGAGAUGGAAAGCGGGAAAGCGGAAGUUGAGCGUGGCGGCCGGGUAGAAGAGGACGAUAUGGCUCGGCUGAUGCAGCAGCUGGAGGGACGUGUCGGCACAGAGCCCGUCUCUGUGCUGGAGCCCAUCAGCGACCAGAAGACGCCGCUGGACCAGACCGCCACCUUCGAGUGUAAGAUCCGCAUCAACUACCCCGAGAUCACGCUGAGCUGGUACAAAGGGACGCAGAAGCUGGAGAGCAGCGACAAGUACGACAUCGGCCGCACUGGCGACCGCCACUACCUGUCCAUCAGGAACUGCCAGGAGAAAGACCAGGGCAACUACCGCGUGGUCUGCGGACCACACAUUGCCAACGCCAAGUUAACCGUAACAGAAGUGAAACAAGCCGUUGAAGAAAUAGUUGAGAGGACGCAGAAAGAGGAGAUGAGACAGCACGUCCCUGAAGGUAUAAAUGCUUUCUGGCUGUCCCUCAAAGCUUGUGACUUUUACACCAAACCAGAACCUGAAGAACAGGAAUUGACCAAAAAGGUCACUCCUGAACCUGUUCAACCAAAGCCUUCAGUCAAGCCCACAGUGGCACCCCAGAAACCCAAAGCGCCCGCGGUGAAGCCUGAAGCAGCAAAGAUAGAACCAGAAGCCCCUGCAGCGAGAGCUGUAGCCGAGCCAGAGGAAGUUGUAGCUCAGCCAAUCGCUGCCAAGAUUAUCCCCCCAACGACUGAAGACAGUCUAACACAAGAACUGAAGACAUCGGAAACUCAAGAAAAACCGCAUCUGCUGGCUGGUAAACCUGAGCCAGAAUCAACGAGAUCUGUCUUUGAAACCAAACAGGAGGAACCGAAAUCUCCAGAAAAAACAAAGAAGGUUCUGGAAGAGACAAAGAAGAAAGAUGCCGAGGUGCCAAAGAAGGUUCAAGAAUUACCAAAAAUGGUACAAGAAGAACCAAAGAAAGUACUAGAAGAGACACAUAGGGUUACUAAAUCCCCAAAGAAGGUUCAAGACGAACCAAAGAAGAUGGUUGAAGAACCUAAGAUCGUACCUAAAGCACCAAAGAAGAUGGUGGAAGAACGAAAGAUUGUUCCUGAAGCACCACAGAAGGUUGUUGAAGAACGAAAGAUCGUUCUUGAAGCCCCAAAGAAGAUGGUGGAAGAACGAAAGAUUGUUCCUGAAGCACCACAGAAGGUUGUGGAAGAACCAAAGAUUGUUCUUGAUGCACCACAGAAGGUUGUGGAAGAACGAAAGAUUGUUCCUGAAGCCCGAAAGAAGGUUGUGGAAGAAGGAAAGAUCGUUCCUGAAGCACCACAGAAGAUGGUGGAGGAACGAAAGAUCGUUCCUGAAGCACCAAAGAAGGUUGUGGAAGAAAAGUCAAUUUCACAGAGAGAAAAGCCUCAGCAACAAGUUCCCCCAAAGACUGAUCGGAUAUCAACAACAGAAGUGUGUGAGGACAGCAGGGAGUCAUCUGUAAAAAGAGCUUCUGGAGAGAGGAUUUCUUUGACAGAAGAAGGUGGACAAAGACAAGAGAGAGUCAGGACGUGUGAAACCAAAGUGGAAAUCAGGGAGUCGAUUAUGGGAGAAGAAAGCACCUUGAAAAGGGAGAUAAGACAACAAAUGGUCCUUGUGGAGGAUGAGGUUUCUACGUGGUACCGUGGAGGUCAGCAGGUCGAACAUACUGAGCCAGACAUUGAGCCAGCAUACACAGAAUAUGAGCCCAAAACACUGGAGGCUGCUGAAGCACAUGAUGAAGAAGACUUUCCAGAGGACAAAGCAGUGACCUGGCCAGACAAAAUUUCUUCGAGGUCUGUCUCUCCACGUCUGAAGGAAGCUGAGAGAAAGGUCUCCCCUCCUCGUGAAACGUCUCGUCCUACAAUAAAAGACGUUCCUCCAUUUGACACUGAAUUCACAUCCCAAAAAGAGCUACUCACCUACAAGAAAACCCCUCAUGAAAUGAAACUUUUUAAAGAUGACAUGACUUACGAGCAGAAAGACGUUUCUGAAGCACUUGUUAUGGUACAAGAAAUUGAGGAAAAAAUUGGGCAUCCAAUGGAGGAUUUUGUUAAACCUAAAAUCUCUACCUCUGAAGAAAUUGCUGCACCAAAGAAGCCAAGUAUAUCAAAAGAAAUCACUCUUUUCAAGAAAGAGAACUCUGUCGAGCCGGAAGACGUUCCAGCUGAAAGAGCCAUGCCUCAUACAUUUGAACAAGACUUACCCCAAAUUCUUCCAGAAACUACCCUUUCUCAUCCUAUGACAACACUUACUCCCAAAAAAGAAGUAAUUGUCCCUACAAAAAUGGAGUCUUCACGGGAAGAAAUUACAGAAACUCCCAAAGAUGCGGGAAAAAUGUAUCAUGAAGACAUUGUACCUAUGGAGAAACCAACUCCUGUGUUGGCAGAAGUUUCCUUUGAAGAACAACUUGUCCCAACAAGAAAUAUAGCUGCAAGUAAAGAAGUGUCCCAUCCGGUUCCAGGUCAAAUUCCUCCACCUGAGAAAACAGUCUCGCUUGGUGAAGACAUUUCCCCACUAAAAGUUACCGUUCUGCCCACAAAAAAGACCACUCCAAAACUUCCCAAAGCUGUUGUUGCUCCUGAAGACGUCACUCUACCUAAGAAACCAAUGACUAAAGCCAAGGUGGCCCCAACUCAAAAACCUCAAGUUCUACCACACAAUAAACCUCUGUUCCCUGAAGAAGAAACACUUCCUUCCAAAAAACCUUCUCCUCUGGCAGAAAGAUUUAGCACCCCUAAGGUGGAUUCUUCUCAAGCAGGGACAACUCCUGCAGCUAAAUCUCAACCAACAAGGGAAGAUGAAAAGAAAGCAAAGAAGGGAACACAGGAGAUUGAACAACAAACUCUUCAGAAAGUAUCUCCCCCAGAGGAGAAGAAACCAUCUGCACCCAUGCCAAAGCCUCCACCUCCUGCAGUAUCUCCCCCAGAGGAGAAGAAACCAUCUGCACCCACACCAAAGCCUUCAUCUCCUCCUGCGGAGACAGCUGCUCCUCCUGCAGUGUCUCGUCCAGAGGAGAAGAAACCAUCUACACCAGCACCAGCAAAGCCUUCAGCUCCUGUUGCUCCUGCAGCCAAAGUCGCUCCUCCUGCAGUGUCUCCUCCAGAGGAAAAGAAACUGUCUCCACCAACACCAAAGCCUCCAGCUGAAAAAGUUGUCCCUCCUGCAGAUCAAGUUGCACCAGUGGCGAAGGAACCCUCUCCAGUAUCAAAGACAGUCUCUCCGCCUGAAGACAAGGAACCAGUUUCAGCCCCUGGACCAACUAAAGAUGGGAAACCAACAGAGGAGGCACCGAAAGGCAGAGGCAGAGGACUUGGGGCAAGACAAACGCCGUCUCCUGGUGACGGUGGUAAGGGCCGCGGCCUGAGGCCCGGGGGGAAAGGCCCGUCCCCCCCGGAGGAACCCUUCGGAGGAUUCAAGCUCAAAGCCGUACCUCUGAAAUUUGUCAAAAAGAUUCAGGACAUCGUGCUGAAGGAAGCCGAGUCUAUCGGCUCGUCUGCGGUGUUUGAGUGUGAGAUUUCUCCUUCCACCGCCAUCACCACGUGGAUGAAGGAUGGCAGCAACCUCCGCGAGGGGCCCAAGCACAAAUUCACAGCUGAUGGCAAAGAUCGCAAGUUGAACAUUAUUGAUGUGCAGCUGUCUGACACAGGUGAAUACACCUGUGUGGGCAAGAACGCCGGCAAGGAAAUAACCUGCACAGCCAAGCUUGUCGUUGAAGAGCUGCCGGUGAAAUGGUUGAAGGAGUUGGAACCGGAGACGUCCUGCAUUAAGACCCAGCCCAUGUACCUGACCUGUGAGUUGAACAAAGAGAGAGAUGUGGUCUGGAAGCGGAACGGCGCCCUCCUGAAGAAACAGGCGGGAAAAGUGGCCAUUAAUGUCAUUGGUAUGCAGCACGCUGUGACCAUCCAGAACGCCACAGAGGAAGACGCCGGCGCCUACACGUGUGAGGUGGCCGGGCAAGAGGACGUCUCAACGACAACCAACGUCAAAGUGAUUGAAAUCAUCAAGGACUGGCUGACGAAGCCUCUGAGGGACCAGCAUGUGAAACCGAAGGCUAAAGCCACGUUUAAAUGUGAGCUGUUCAGAGACACCCCCAACUGGAAGUGGUUCAAAGGAGACAACGAGCUUGCUCCUUCUGACAAAGUGGAGAUCAACAAAGAUGGAAAGGACGUGACGCUCACCGUCAACAACUGCCAGCCGGACGACGUCUCGGACUACACCAUCGAGGUGGAGGACCGCAGAUACACAGCCAAGCUCACGCUCGGAGAGCGUGAGGCGGAGAUCCUGAAGCCUCUCUCCAGCGUGGAGGUGGUGGAGAAGGAGGAGGCCAACUUUGACACUGAGAUUUCGGAGGAUGAUGUAGCCGGGGAAUGGAAGCUGAGAGGCCAGGUGCUGAUGAGGUCUCCGACCUGCGACAUUAAGUCUGAAGGAAGGAAGCGUUUCCUGACGCUGAAACAGGUGCAGCUUGAUCAGGCGGGCGAGGUGUCCUACCAGGCGCUGAACGCCGUCACCAGCGCCAUGCUCACCGUCAAAGAGGGCGACGCGGUCUUCGUGACGAAGCUGCAGGACUACACUGCCACGGAGAAGGACGAGGUGUCUCUGGACUGUGAACUGAGCAAAGACGUCCCUGUGGUUUGGUAUUACGGCGAGAAGGAACUCAUCGCCUCCAAGACGGUGGUGAUGCGGUCGGAGGCAACGCGGCGCUCUCUGGUCCUGAAGAAAGUGACGCAGAGCGACAAAGGGAAAUAUACCUGCGACUGUGGGACGGACAAAACCUCGGCCAGCCUCAACAUCGAAGCCCGGGACAUUAAGGUGGUGCGCCCGGUCUACGGCGUGGAACUGUUCGACGGAGAGACCGCUCGCUUCGAGGUGGAGAUCUCCGAGGACGACGUGCACGGCCAGUGGAAGCUCAACGGAGAAGUCCUCAGUCCUUCUUCUGAUGUGGACAUCAUCGAGGAGGGAGGCAAACACACACUGAUCCUGUACAACUGUAAGGUGUCCAUGACCGGCGAGGUGGCGUACGCCGCCGCCAACGCCAAGUGCUCUGCCAACCUGAAGGUCAAAGAACUUCCUCUGAACUUCCUGACGCCGCUGAGCGACGUCCAGGUGUACGAGAAGGACGAGGCGCGCUUCGAGGUGGAGCUUUCCCGGCCCCCGAAGACCUUCCGCUGGCUGAAGGGCUCCCAGGAGCUGCAGAGCGACGAGAAGUACCAGCUGAUCCAGGAAGGAAACAUGUUCGUCCUGCUCGUCCGAUUGGCCGCCUACGACGACGAGGCCAAGUACAUGUUCGAGGCCGAGGACAAGAGGACGGCUGCCAAACUUGUUAUACAAGGGAUCCGACUGGAGUUCUCCAGACCGAUCAAGGAUGUGACGGUGAAGGAGCGGGAGACGGCCGAGUUCAGCGUGGAGCUGUCCCACGACAACAUCUCCGUGGCCUGGUUCAAGAACGACGUGCGCCUGCUGCCCAGCAAGGUGGUCCACAUGGCGGACCAGGGCCGAGUCCACACGCUGGCCUUCAAAGAGGUCACCAUCGACGACACCUCCAUGAUCCGGGUGGAGGCAAUGGACAAGACCCUGACCGCCAUGCUCACUGUCAUCGAGGGAGACCUGUACUUCACCACCAAGCUGCAGAACUACACGGCCGUGGAGCGGGACGAGGUGAAGCUCGUCUGUGAACUCAGCAAAUCGGUUGCAGACGUCAAGUGGUCGAAGGACGGGACGGAGAUCACUCCAUCCAAGAACAUCGCCAUCAGCACCGACGGGAAGAAGCGCAUCCUUACGGUCAGGAAGGCGGAGAAAGCCAACAUCGGAGAGUACACCUGCGACUGCGGCUCGGACAAAACCACCGCCAGACUCAACAUAGAAGAGCGGGACAUUAAGGUUGUCCGUCCGCUGUACAGCGUGGAGGUGACGGAGACAGAAACAGCCAAGUUUGAGACUGAGAUUUCAGAAGAGGACGUCCACGGGACCUGGAAACUGAAGGGAGAAGCUCUGCUGCCAUGUCCUGAUGUGGAGAUUAAGGAGGAGGGAACCAAACACCUGCUGAUCCUCUACAACGUGCGCAUGGACAUGGCCGGCAGCGUCGACUUCUCCGCCGCCAACGCCAAGUCCAACGCCCAGCUCCGGGUCAAAGCCCGGUCCAUCGGGCUGAUGCGUCCCCUGAAGGACGUCACGGUAACGGCCGGAGAGACGGCCACCUUCGAGUGCGAGCUGUCGUACGAAGGCAUCUCCGUGGACUGGUUCCUGGGGGGGCAGAAGAUGGAGGCCAGCGAGCGGGUGAGACAGAAGGAGGCGGCGCGCUUCACCAAGAACCUGUCCAACGUGGAGGGGACGGAGACGGACAGCGUGAAGAUGAUCUGCGAGGUGUCCAAGCCCGUUGCCGAGGUGACGUGGUACCGUGGAGACGAGGAGCUGCCGGAGGGCGGGCGCUACGAGCAGAUCAGCGACGGGCGCCGGCGGAUCCUGAUCAUCCAGGACCUGAGGAUGGAGGACGCCGGGGAGUACCACUGCAGACUGGGUCCCGCCGCCAAGACCUCCGCGACGCUCCGCCUGCACGAGCUGGCGGCGGAGUUUAUCGCCCGUCCUCAGAACCAGGAAGUGGUGGAGGGUGAAAAGGCGGAGUUUGCCUGCUCCGUCUCCAAGGAAACGUACGAGGUGAAGUGGUUCCGCGGCGAGCAGGAAGUGGAAGAGGGGGAGAAGUACAGCGUGGUCAGCGAGGGGAAGAGGAGGGCUCUUAUUGUGAAAGGCUGCGAGCUGAAGGACGAGGGCGGCUACGUGGCUCAGAUCGGCAGCGUGAAGGCCUCGGCCGAGCUGUAUGUGAUCGAGAAACUGAGGAUCAUCACACCGAUUAAAGACGCCGCGGUGAAGGAGGGAAGUGAGAUCGUCUUCAACUGCGAGACGAAUACUGAGGGAGCGAAGGCCAAGUGGCUGAAGAACGAGGAGACCAUAUUCGAGAGCAGCAAGUACAUGAUGGCCCAGCGAGACAACGUCUUCUCUCUGAGGAUCAGAGACGCCCAGAAGGCAGACGAGGCCGCCUACACCAUCAGCCUGACCAAUCAGAGAGCAGAGCACGCCAAGAGCACCGCCAGCGCCAAAGUGGCAGAGGAGAAGCUGAAGUUCUUGAGGCCCAUCGAGGACGUCGAGACCCAGGAGAAGAAGACGAUCAGCUUCUCGUGCGAGGUGAACCGUCCCGAGGCAACGGUCCGCUGGCUGAAGGCGGGACAGGAAGUAACGCUCAGCAAGCGCUUGGUGUACCGCUUGGACGGCCUGCGCCACACGCUCACCAUCAAGGACUGCGCAAUGGAAGACGAGGGCGAGUACACGGCCGCCGUCGGGGACGACAAAUGCGCCGCCGAGCUGAUCAUCAGCGAGGCGCCCACCGACUUCACGGCGGCGAUCAAAGACACGACCGUCACCGAGUUCGAGGACGCCGAGUUCGUCUGCAAGCUGAGCAAGGAGAAAGCGUCAGCGGUGAAGUGGUACCGGAACGGACGGGAGAUCAGAGAAGGACCCAGGUCCCUCGUGCUAGCGUCCAGCCUCACCGAUGACGUCCAGGUUGAUGAAGGCCUCCCCCUGGCCGUGCUUGUUGCGAACCACCACGCGGUAGCGGCCCUGGUCCUCCUUCCUGGGGCUCUUCAGCCGGUACUCUGUCUUCUCGGCGGACGUGUCGAUGUUCUGGACCGGCAGAGUGGCGCCCUCGUAGAUCCACUCGGCGUCGGCGCGGGGGUUCUUGGUGCUAACAGACCUGCGAGCUCCAGCUUGGCCCUGGCGUCCUUGUCCUUGGCAACGACCCGGUACUCCCCCUGGUCCCGGGGCCGGAUCUCACAGACCUGCAGCCUGUGGACCGUCCCCUCGCUGAUCAUCUGGUACUUGUCUCCCUGCACAAUGAUCAUGUUGUUCCUCAUCCACUUCACCUCCACGCGGUCCUUGUUCAGUUCCACCUCGAACACAAUGUCCGAGCCCGGCGGCUCGAAGGCAUCCUGCGGGGGACGCACGAUCUCCACCGGCGUCUCUGCAGGACGAGAGACAGACACACACGUCCCUGGCCCGGUGAAGAACCUGCGCGUGGUGGACACGGCGGACGGCGAGGUGAGCCUGGCGUGGGAGGAGCCUGAGAGCGACGGCGGCAGCAAGAUCGUGUCCUACGUGGUGGAGCGGCGGGACGUGAAGCGGAAGACGUGGACGCUGGCAACCAACCGCGCCGACGCGCCCGAAUACUGCGUCAGCGGCCUGCAGAGGGACUCCUCGUACCUGUUCAGGGUCUGCGCCCAGAACCGGGUCGGCACCGGCCCCGCCGUCGCCACCGACGACGCCGUGCAGGCCAAGAACAAGUUCGACGUUCCUGACGCCCCGGAGAACGUGGCAGUGGGCGUGGUGAACCGGUUCGGCGCCACUGUGAGCUGGGAGCCUCCGCAGCACGACGGCGGCUCGGAGAUCACGGCCUACGUGGUCGAGCUGCGUGACCGCACGGCGGUGAAGUGGGAGGCGGCCAUGGUCUGCGGCGCCAAGGACCGCACCGCCACGCUGAGCGACGUGGUGGAGAACAAGGAGUACAUCUUCAGGGUCCGCGCCGAGAACAAGGCCGGCACCGGGCGGCCCAGUGCCGCCACCAAACCCGUCAAGAUCAUGGAUCCCAUCGAGCGGCCGAGCCCGCCUCUGAACCUGAACUUCAGCGACCAGAUCAGCACGGCGGUGACGCUGACCUGGGAGACGCCGGCCAGCCACGGCGGCAGCAUGAUCACCGGCUACAUUGUCCAGAAGUGUGACAACGGCUCGGACAAGUGGCUCCGAUGCAACGCCAGGCUGUGUCCUGAUCUGUCCUACCGGGUGUCGGGUCUGAAGCCGGGUCAGAAGUACCUCUACAGAGUCUGCGCCGAGAACGCCGCCGGCGUCUCCGAUCCCGCGGAGCAGCUGGGACCCCUGCUCGCCGACGACCCCCACGUGGGUCCGACCUUUGACCUGAGCGGCUUUAGGAACGGUCUGGAGGUCAUCGUCCCGCAGCCUCUCACCAUCCGCGUCCCGAUCACCGGCUACCCGACGCCCGUUGCCAAGUGGACCUUUGGAGACAAGGAGCUGAGCACCGCCGACGAGCGUGUCUCCAUGGUGACCAAGCCCACGUACACCGAGCUGACGGUGGCGCCGAGCGUGCGCCCGGACAAAGGCACCUACACACUGCAGCUGGAGAACGACGUGUCCUCCGUCUCAGGAGACAUCGAUGUCAACGUCAUUGCAUGCCCUAGUGCUCCCAAAGACUUUAAGGUUGCCGAGGUGACCCGGCACCACGUCCACCUGAUGUGGGAGGCGCCCGAGCACGACGGAGGAAGUCCGGUCACACACUUCCAGAUUGAGAAGAGAGAAGUGUCCCGCAAGACCUGGGCCAAGGUGUGGGGGUUGGGGGCAGUCUGGACAACCCUGGGGGGGGAAAUGACUGACAGGGGCCCAGUCUGGACAACCUCUGCCUGCUCUGUUGUUUCCCCCUCUAAUUCGCCCUGCUCCAACCAAUUCCCAAAUCUGAUCUCCGUUGUGUCUUUUCCCCCAGCCAUCCCUGAUCCUCCUGAGAACUUGAAGUGGCGUGAUAAGAGCGCCAAGACCAUAUUCCUGUUCUGGGAGCCCCCGAAGUACGACGGCGGGGCCCCAAUCAAAGGCUACGUGGUGGACAAGUGCCAGCGCGGCACCGACAAGUGGGAGCCCUGCGGAGACCCAAUCCCGGAGCUGAAGUUCCAGGUGAGCGGUCUGAUCGAGGGCCAGUGGUAUGCCUACAGAAUCAGAGCCUUCAACAAGCUCGGAGCCAGCCGACCCUGCAGAGCCACCGAUGAAAUCCAGGCCGUUGACGCCAGAGAGGCUCCAGAGAUCCAGCUGGAUGUGAAGCUGCUGGCCGGUCUGACGGCCCGAGCUGGCACAAAGAUCGAGCUUCCAGCCGACGUCAAAGGGAAGCCAGACCCCCGCGUAAAAUGGACCAAGGCCGACCAUGUGCUCCGGGCCGACGACCGCGUUGCUAUUGACACUCAGCCGGGACACUCCAAGCUGUCCAUCGGCAACACGACUAGAGGCGACACAUCCACCUACAUUAUCGAAGCGGUUAACGCCUGCGGACGCGCCACCGCCACUAUUGACGUCAACAUUCUUGAUAAACCCGGCCCUCCGGCCGCUUUUGACAUCUCUGAGAUCACCAACGAGUCAUGCCUCAUGGCAUGGAACCCUCCGAGGGACGACGGCGGCUCGCCCAUCACCAACUACAUCGUGGAGAGCCGGCUGACGGACAAAGAGGAGUGGGUGAAGCUGUCGGCCACCGUCAAGCACACCACCUUCAAAGCCUGCAAGCUGGCCGCUCUGAAGGAAUACGUGUUCAGGAUCAGCGCUGAGAACCAGUAUGGCAUCGGCGAGCCCGCAGAACACGUGCCCAUCAUCGCCAAGUAUUCCUUCGAUCCUCCCGGCGCUCCGACCAGAGUCACGCCCUCUGACAUCACCAAGGACGCCGUAACACUGACGUGGUUCGAGCCGGACGAGGACGGCGGCAGUCCCAUCACCGGGUACUGGAUCGAGAAGUUUGAUCGGGAAGCUGACAAGUGGAUCAGAUGCAACAAACUGCCCAUCAAAGACACAACGUUUAGGGUGAAGGGCCUCCCCACCAAGACGAAGUACAGCUUCCGUGUCCUGGCGGAGAAUCUGGCCGGACCUGGAAAACCCAGCGUGGAGACGGAUCCCGUCCUCAUCAAAGAUCCCAUCGAUCCUCCGUGGGCCCCCGGUAAGCCAGUCAUCAGGGACGUCGGGAAGACAACGGUGCUGCUGGCGUGGACGCGGCCAGAGCACGACGGUGGCGCCAAGAUCGAAGGCUACAUCGUGGAGUUCCAGAAGACGGGCAGCGAGGAGUGGAUCCGCAUCGCGGAGGACGUCCCGCAGACGGAGACGCCACUGACGGGGCUCAUCGAGAAGCAGGAGUACUCCUUCAGGGUCAAAGCCGUCAACAAGGCAGGGCUUAGCGAGCCCAGCGAGCCCAGCCAGCCAAUCGUCUGCAAGGAGAGGCUCUUCCCCCCGUCUGCGCCCCAGUGGCUGGAGGUGUCCAACAUCACGAAGCUGUCGGCGUCCCUGAAGUGGCAAGAGCCGAGCAGCGAUGGCGGCGCCCCCAUCACCAACUACGUGGUGGAGAAGCGGGACGUGCGGCGGAAGGCGUGGCAGAGCGUGGACACCACGGUGAAGGAGCUCAAGUACACGGUGACACCGCUCAACGAGGGCUCGCUCUACGUGUUCCGCGUGGCCGCCGAGAACGCCGCCGGGACGGGCGAGUUCUGCGAACUGGAGGACGCCGUGCUCGCAAAAGACACGUUCACAACCCCCGGGCCCCCGUAUGCCCUGACGGUGGUGGAGGUCACCAAGAGACACGUGGAGCUAAAGUGGGAAGCACCCAAGAGCAACGGAGGAAGACCCAUUACCAACCGUGGUCCUCUGUCUCCAGGCGCUCCCUCGCCCCCCUUGGAGGUUUUGGUCCCGGACGCCAGCCGGCAGCACAUCAACGUCUGCUGGAAGCCGCCAGCUAAAGAUGGCGGCUCGCCGAUUACCGGCUACCACGUGGAGGUGGCCGAGGCGCGGCCGGAGCUCAAGUGGCUCCGCGUCAACAGCAGACCCGUCAAAGAGCUCAAGUUCAGGAUCGACGACGGCAUCAAACCGGAGAAGAAGUACGUCAUCAGGAUCCGCGCAAUCAACGCCAUCGGCGUCAGCGACCCCUCCGAGAUCUCCGACAAAGUCUUCACCAAGGAUCCCGACUGCGCUCCCACCAUGGAUCUGGAGGCGCAGGACGUGGUGGUGGUUGAAGGCGAGAAGCUGCACCUGAACAUCCCCUACCGGGCAAUCCCGACGCCCAAGAUGGUUUGGCAGAAGGACGCGGUGGAGUGCAAGGCGGACGAGCGUCUGUCGCUGACGGUGGAAAUGAACAGCGCUCAUCUGGAGCUGCUCAAGUGCAAGCGCGGCGACGCCGGCGCCUACGCCAUCACGCUGGAGAACAGCCUGGGGAAAGCCACCGGCACCGUCAACGUCAAAGUUAUCGGACUCCCCGGUCCCUGUAAGGACAUGACCUCCGGCGACGUGACCAAGAACUCGUGCAGGAUCAGCUGGGAAGCCCCGGAGGACGACGGCGGCACGGCCGUCCUCAGCUACACACUGGAGCGCCGCGAGGCCUCCAAGAAGACCUAUGUCCCCGUCCUGUCGGGGGAGGACGUCCUCACCUGCGUCGUCAAGGACCUGUACAUCAACUGCGAGUACAACUUCAGAAUUAAAGCCCUGAACGCGGUCGGAGCCGGACCGUACCUGGACCUGCGCAACCCCGUCAUCACGGAGGAAGUCAAACAGAAACCGGACCCGCCGAUCCAGGUGGAGGCUCAGGACCCAACAUCCAAGUCGAUCCGGGUCAGCUGGAAGGCGCCGGACUCGGACGGCGGCUGUCCCAUCCAGGGCUACAUCGUGGAGAAGAUGGAAAAGGACGGCGAGCGCUACGAGCGCGUCACGCCCAGCCUGGUGCCCGGGUUCUCCUUCGUGGUCACAGGGCUAACAGAGGACACUGAGUACCAGUUCAGGGUCCGGGCGGAGAACGCCGCCGGGGUCAGCGAGCCAUCCCGCAGCACGCAGCUCGUCAAGGCUGCAGACCCCGUCGAUAAGCCAAAGGUGACGCUUCACGCCCGCGUGCAGGCAGGCGUGUGCUUGAAGAAGGGCGAGGAGAUCCGAAUCGACGCCUACGUGUCCGGGUCCCCGUACCCCCGGAUCAGCUGGCUGAGGAACGGCGAGGACGUCACCAAGGAGCCAAGCAAGAAGAUCAUCCCCAUUGUCAAGAAGAAGAAGAAGACCAAGACCACGGUCCCGGAGCCGGAGGAGGAGUAUGUGACCCCCAUGCGGGAGCGUCUGGGUCUGGACCAGACCAUCCGGGGACAGUGUGCGCUGAUGGUCCGCGAGGCGGUCCGCGCCGACCACGGAGACUUCACCGUGCAGGUGCAGAACACUCACGGAGUCGCCACCGCCACCUGCAGCGUCAACGUGCUCGACAAACCGGGCGCUCCCCAGAACUUUGUCUUCGAGGAGGUCCGCAGCACGUCGGUGGUGUGCACGUGGGAGCCGCCGCAGGACGACGGCGGCAGCGAGAUCCUGAACUACAUCCUAGAGAAGAAGGACAACCGUAACGAGGCCGUGGGCUGGAUCACAGUGACGUCCACGCUGAAGGGGACCAGCUGCCCCGUCCCCAAGCUCAUCGAGGGCAAGGAGUACGUCUUUAGGGUCACGGCCGAGAACAAGUUCGGCUGCGGACCGCCCUGCGUCUCCGAGCCGGUGGUCGCCAAGAACAUGUUCGAUCCUCCGGAUGCCCCCAACACGCCCCGGGUGCACGAGGUGACGGCGAGCAGCGCCCGGAUCUCGUGGCACGAGCCCAAAGACAACGGCAGCCCGAUCCUGGGCUACUGGAUCGAGAGGAAGGAGGUGAACAGCAAGCACUGGACGCGGGUGAACCGGGCGCUGCUCAACGCGCUGGAGGUCAAGGUGCUGGGCCUCAUGGAGGGACUCACCUACAUCUUCAGGGUCUGCGCCGAGAACCUGGCCGGGCCUGGGCCCUUCAGCGAGCCCAGCGACCGCACUGUCGCCAUGGACGCCAUUCUGCCCCCCGGCCCCCCCACUCCCUGGAUCGUGGACACAGGGAAGGAUUCAGUCGUCGUAGCGUGGAAGCCGCCGCUGUACAAUGGCGGAGGAGAAAUUCUGGGAUAUCACCUGGAGAAGGUUCUGGUCGGAGAGAAGGCAUGGACCCGCAGCACCGAGUUCAGGUGUAAGGAGCUGACGUACACGGUGACGGGGCUGACCGAGGGUGCCGAUUACUACAUCCGCGUCAUUGCCGUCAACGACGCCGGGCCCGGGGCUCCCGGCGUCACCGAACCUGUCACCGUCACAGAGCCGCAAGUGACUCCGGCCGUGAGCUUUGACGCCUCGGUGAGGAACGGUGUCAUCAUCAAGGCGGGCGAGCUGCUGCGUCUCCCCGCAGUGGUGACAGGCCGCCCGCUGCCCACCGUCUCAUGGACCAAAGACGAGAAGGAGACGGACAAGGAGCGGAUGAUAGUAGAGACAGAAGGACGGAACACGGUCCUGAUCAUCAAGAAGGCGGUGAGGUCGGACCACGGGAACUACCAGGUCUCUGGCACCAACAGCAGUGGCACCAAGACCGCCGAGACCCGGGUCGACGUCAUGGACGUCCCAGGGCCGGUGGUGGACCUGAAGACCGUGGCAGUGACCAAGAAGAACAUCACGCUGUCGUGGUCCGACCCGCUGGACAACGGCGGCAGUGACAUCAUUGGCUACGAGGUCUUGAGGAAAGACGCCAAGAUGAAGCUGUUCCGCCAGCCCAUCGAGACGGCGUCCUGCAAGUGUGACGUCCAGGGGCUGCUGUCCGGGGAGGAGUACGACUUCAGGGUCGUUGCACGCAACAAGUUCGGAGACGGGGCGCCCGCCGACGUCGGCCCCAUCCUGGCACAGGACCCCAAAGGAACGCCGUCCGCUCCGGAGAAGCUGCACUACACCGACAGGAGCCCGACCACCAUCACGUUGGCGUGGCAACCGCCUCGCACCGAUGGCGGCAGCCCUGUCAUCGGCUACUACGUGGAGAAGAUGCGCUCCGACGGCACCGAGUUUGAGGUGGCGAAUCGCAAGAUGUUCACCGACUGCUGCGGAACCAUCGAGAACCUGUCGGAGAACCAGGAGUACCAGUUUAGGGUCAAAGCCGUGACCGAGGUCGGAGACGGGGAACCCUCCAAGCCAAUCGAAGUCAAGAUCCAAGACGACGAGAUCGCUCCAGUUAUCACCAUCCUGAAGUUCUUCAAGAACAACGCCAUUAACGUGAAGAAGGGCUCGGCCAUCGACAUCCCAGCAGAGGUGAAGGGACUCCCUCUGCCCACGCUGCGCUGGAUGAAGGACGACGUGGAGCUCCAGGCGCCCGAAGACAAGACCCUGACCAUGGAGACGCAGGAGGUGAACCGCACAACGCUGACGACCAAGAUCGCCAUCCCAGAAACCAUCCGGCGGGACAAAGGGAACUACAGGCUGGUCGCCGAGAACCACUUCGGCAGAGCUGAGCAUGCCAUCCCCGUGGAGAUCUUCGUCUCCACGGCAACGACAUCCACCGUCGUCAUCCCCGAGUGCAAAAUGAACCACAGCGGCCGCUUCAUCCUCAACGUGGAGAACGCCGCCGGGCACAAAGUGGUCAAAGUCCGGGUCAACGUCCUCGACCUGCCCGGGCCGCCCAGAGACUUCACGGUCAGUGACGUGACGAGAGGAACCUGCCGACUCACCUGGAAACCUCCAGAGAGCGACGGAGGAGAGAGAGUCAAGAGCUACUUCAUCGAGGAGAAGACAGUGACCGGCAAAGCCUGGACCAAGGUGAACCCCGCCUGCACCGCCCAGUCUCUGGUGGUCUCGGACCUGAUCAAUGGUCAGGAGUACCUGUUCCGCAUCCGGGCCGAGAACCGCUUCGGCUUCAGCCCGUACGCCGAGACCGCCGAGGGAACCAAGGCCAGGGAUCCGAUCCGUCCUCCCGACCCCCCCACACGGCUGAAGAUCCAGAGCGUGAGGAGGGGCGCUGUAAAUCUAACCUGGAAAGCGCCAAAGAACGACGGCGGCGCCCCAGUGACCCACUACAGCGUAGACCUGCUCUGCUGGGAGGCCGGCAGCGCCCAGAAGGAGUCUUGGAGGAGGUGUAACCGGAGAGACGUGGAGACCACCAGCUACCGGGUGGAGGACCUGACGGAGGGAGACGAGUACGAGUUCAGGGUCAUGGCGCACAACUCGGUCGGACCCAGCCGCCCCUCAACCACCGUGGGACCCAUCGUCGCUCAGGACCAGACCUGCGCUCCGUCCAUCGAGCUGAAGGAGUUCCUGGAGGUGGAGCAAGGCGCCGACAUCAGCAUUGUAGCGAAGAUCCGCGGCUGUCCGUUCCCCACGCUCACCUGGUACAAGGCUCCGCCCCUAAAGCCGGACGCCCAGGUUGAGGUGCAGUACGACGAGCACAUCAACAAGCUGGUGUCGGACGACAGCUGCACGCUGCUGAUCCAGCAGGGCAAGCGGCCCGACACGGGCGUCUACACCCUGGUCGCCUCUAACAUGUUCGGCAAGGCCGCCAAGGAGAUGAGGCUCAACGUGCUCGGCCGCCCCGGGGCUCCUUCAGGUCCCAUUAAGUUCGAGGCGAUCGGCGCGGAGCAGAUCACGCUGUCCUGGCUGCCCCCGGCCGACGACGGCGGCUCCAGCAUCACCAACUACGUGAUCUGGAAGUGCGUGGCGAGCAGGAAGACCUGGGUCCCCGUCACCACGGAGCCCAAGGAGCGGCUGUGGACGGUGGAGAACCUGAUGCCAGGACACGAGUACGUCUUCCGCAUCAUGGCCCAGAACAAGUACGGCGUCGGGGACCCGCUGGACAGCGAGCCCGAAGUCGCCAGGAACCUGUACACGAUCCCGGGUCAGUGUGAGAAGCCGACUGUCGGCGCCGUCACGCUGGACUCCAUGACGGUCAGCUGGGAGGAGCCGGAGGACGACGGCGGCACGCCGAUCACCGGCUACUGGCUGGAGAGGAAGGAGACCACGGGCAAGCGCUGGGCCCGCGUCAGCCGAGACCCACUGCGCCCCUCGGGCAUGGGCGAGCAGUUUGUAGUCAGCGGACUCAUCGAGGGGUCGCAGUACCUGUUCAGAGUCACCGCCAUCAACGCCGCCGGACCCGGGCCCGUCAGCAAACCCACAGAUCCCAUCUUCGCCAGGGACCCCAUCUCCCCGCCCUCUCCUCCCACCCCGAAGGUCUCUGAUUGGACGAGGACCUCGGUGGACCUGGAGUGGAUCCCUCCUCUAAAGGACGGCGGCUCAAAGAUUAUGGGCUACUGGGUGGAGUACAGGGAGGAGGGCAGCGAGGCCUGGGUCAAGGCCAAGGAGACGGAAAUCCGCGGCACCCGCUUGGUGAUCACCGGCCUGAAGACGGGCGGCAAAUACAAGUUCAGGGUGACGGCGUUCAACGCCGCCGGCAACGGGGAGCCGGGGGAGGUCCCCGAGGUGCUGGAGGUCAACGACAGAAGCAUUGCUCCGGAGCUGGACCUGGACGCCUCGGUGAAGGAGCGCAUGGUGGUGCACGCCGGCGGCGUGAUCCGGAUCAUUGCCUACGUGUCGGGCCAGCCGACGCCGGAGGUGACGUGGAGCCGAGACGGCGCGGCGCUUCCCCUCGAUGCUAAACUGGAGACGACGGCCAUCAGCUCGUCCAUGGUCAUCAAGCCGUGCGCCAGGAAGCACCUCGGCGUCUACACGCUCACCGCCAAGAACGCAGGCGGCGAGGUCACCAAGAACAUCACUGUGGAAGUUCUGGACGUGCCCGGGCCCGUCGGCAUCCCCGUCACGGCGGAGAACCUGACCAUGGACUCCUGCAAGCUGAACUGGUUCUUCCCAGAGAACGACGGCGGCUCCCCCAUCAGUAACUACGUGAUCGAGAAGCGCGAGGCGGAGCGUAAAGCCUGGACCUCGCUGUCCUUCACCGCCAGCCGGCAGAACGCCGUGGCCCACGACCUCACCCCCGGGAAGGCCUACUUCUUCAGGGUGGCGGCGGAGAACGCCAUCGGGGUCGGACCCUUCAUCUCCACCUCCGCCGAGAUCAUCGUCAAGGAGCCAAUGAGUGUGCCGGACCGCCCAGAGGAACUAGAGGUUACCAAGGUAACCAAGGAUAUGAUCGGCGUCACCUGGAAGGCGCCCAAGUUUGACGGCGGCUCGGAGAUCACCAUGUACAUCCUGGAGGCCCGGAUGAUCGGCAAAGACAAGUACAGCCGCGUAACCAAGGAGACGCUGAUGGAGAGGAAGUACAUGGUGGACGGACUGCGGGAGGGGGACACCUACGAGUUCAGGGUCCUCGCCGUCAACGAGGUCGGACCCAGCAAGCCAUCCUUCUGCACCAAGCCAAUCACCUGCAAGGACGAGCUGGGUGAGAACAGCUGUUUGUCUUUAAUUAGCCAAUUGGCGAGGCUGGCGUCGGACCGGGCGCUCUUCGGGAUGAAGACUUUGCUGCCGCUUGCGGUGACGGCGACGGUGAUGUGGACGGGGACGGCGCCGUCGUUCUUCUUCCAGCUGACGGUGGGCGUGGGGACGCCCCUGAUGGUGGCGCUCAGCGUGAUAUCCGAGCCCAGCAUGGCCAGGUGGUCGCGCGCCAUGUUGGCGUCCAGCAGCAGCUCAGGCUCCUCUGUGGAGGAGGCGGGAUUUGCCGGCGGCGUUGACGGUGAAGAUCCUGAAGUUGUAUUCCUGUCCAUCGGCCAAUCCCGUCACCACGUAGUGCAGGUCGGGGACCUGCUCCGGCGUCUCAUUGGCCGGCAUCCACUCCACGGCGCCGGGCCUCUGGUACUCCACCAGGUAGCCCAGGAUACGGCCCUUCCCGUCGUGGCGGGGCAACUUCCACCUCAGGCUCACGCUGUCUUUGGUCUUAUCGUAGGCCUCGGGGACAAGCCUUCUCCUCCCAGAGACCUGGUGAUCUCGGAGGUGACCAGCGAGUCGGCCUACCUGACGUGGAAGGUCCCCGAGGACAACGGCGGCGCCGUCAUCUCCCACUACAUCGUUGAGAAGAAAGACGUUGCCGCAGACCACUGGGUGCCCGUCUCGGCAGCCAAUAAGAAGCCGAGUCUAAUGGCCAUGUACCUGAUGGAAGGAAUCCAGUACAUGUUCAGGGUGGCGGCUGAAAACCAGUUCGGCAGGAGUGACUACGUGGGGACGAAGCAACCCAUCAAGGCUCUGGAUCCCCUCUAUCCUCCUGGUCCGCCCAAAAACCUGCACCACACCGACGCAGAGAAGACCGAGGUGUGGUUGGCGUGGGACUGGCCCGACCGCACCGGCGGAAGUGAUAUCACCGGCUUCAUCGUGGAGCACCAGGAAGAGGGCCAGACCGACUGGGUCACCUUCAAGACCGUGAGCAACGAACACGCCCACGUCACCGGCCUGGUGGAGGGCAAGACUUACCGCUUCAGGGUCAAGGCCCAGAACGCCAUCGGCGUUAGCAGCCCUGACACCAGCGUCCCCAUCACCUGCCAGGAGAAGACCCAGCCUCCAACCAUUGAAGUCGAUGUGAAGCUUAUCGAGGGUCUAGUUGUCCGAGCUGGCACUCCUAUUGUCCUCCCAGCCAAGAUGACAGGAAUCCCCUUACCUACUGCCAAAUGGACAACCGACGGCACCGAGAUUGCAUCUGAGGGCCGCUUUAAGAUUGAGUCAGCUGGAGACUCCACCGUCCUCAGCAUCCCUGAGUCCCAGAGAGGAGACACCGGAGAGUAUAUCCUCCACGUGGCCAAUCCUACCGGCAGCAAGAGCGUUGCGCUGCACGUCACCGUGUUGGAUCUUCCCGGUCCACCCAUCGGACCCGUCAAUAUCUUAGAGGUCACGCCUGAUUACAUGAUGAUCCAAUGGAGGGCGCCCAAGGACGAUGGCGGAACGCCUAUCACCAACUACGUUGUGGAAAAGAAAGACGUGAAGAAGCCUUGGGAGCCUUGGUCAGUUGUUAGCUCCAGCGGCAUGAGCACCAAGGCCAAAGUGUCCAGGCUGGAGAAGGGCCGGGAGUACAUAGUCCGUGUCCGUGCAGAGAACAGAAUAGGCCUCGGGGCAGGGCUUGAGAGUCCUCCAACUAUUGCCAAGCACAUGUUUAACCCUCCUGGCCCACCUGGCCUGCCAGAGUGCUCUGAUAUCACUGAGAAUGCUGUGACAGUGGAAUGGACCCUGCCGGACUACGAUGGAGGCAGCCCCAUUAGCGGAUAUGUGAUUGAACGUAGAGAAAUGACCGGAAAGUGGAUCCGUGUCAACAAAACUCCUGUGCUGGACCUCAGAUACAGAGUCUCGGGCCUGUUUGAAGGCAAUAGCUACGAGUUCAGAGUGUUCGCUGAGAACGUUGCUGGUAUCAGCGAGCCUUCUCUCACCUCUGACCCCAUCAAGGCCACUCGUGCCAUCACCAAACCAGGACCACCUGGCAAUCUUAAACUCAAGGACUGGAGCAAGUCCUACGCCGACAUCUGCUGGACAAAGCCAACAAGAGACGGAGGCAGUCCAAUUCUGGGCUACGUGGUUGAGGUUCAGAAGUCAGGAGCCACCAAGUGGGACAGAAUCAACAAGGAACUCAUCCCAAUGUGCGCCUACAGAGUGCCAGGCCUCAUUGAAGGAAUGGAAUACAGAAUUCACGUCAGAGCAACCAACAUUGUCGGAGACAGUGAACCCAGGGAGCUGUCUCAGACGGUCAUCGCAAAGGACAUCCUGGUGCCCCCUGAAGUUGUUGUUGACGUGUCCUGCCGCGAUGCUUUGACUGUCAGGGCAGGUCAGAUCAUAAGUCUAAUCACUAGAGUGAAGGGCAGACCAGACCCAGAGAUCACAUGGACCAAGGAUGCCAGAUCCGUAACCCGGGAGAAACGCAUUGAAAUGAACAACAACUACCCUCUGUGUGAACUCGUCAUCAAUGACGCAGUCAGGUCGGACUACGGUAAAUAUGCCAUUCUGGCCAAAAACAGUAGCGGACAGGCACAGGCGACCAUUAUCGUCAAUGUCUUGGAUAUACCAGGAGCGUGCCAGAACUUGAAAGUGGGUUACGUGACAAAGAAAUCCUGUGUGGUUUCCUGGGAGAACCCUGAGGACAACGGAGGCACUGAGAUCAAUCAGUACAUCGUUGAGUCCCGUCAGCCCAGCCAGAGAGGAUGGACCGUUGUGGCCAAUGAUUGCACCAAGCGCCUGUUGAAAGCCCCUAUUACUGAAGGCUGCGAGUACUUCUUCCGUGUCAGCGCAGAGAACAAGAUUGGUGCUGGUCCGACCACUGAGACCAAAUCACCUGUGCUUGCUGUUGAUUCUAUUGACAAGCCUGGUGAACCCAAUGACUUCCAAAUCUCUGAGAUCGGCAAGACCUUCUGCUUCCUAAAGUGGAAGAAGCCAGAUUAUGAUGGCGGCAGCCGCAACCUGAGUUACCAUGUGGAGAAGAAGCCAAAGGAGGCAGAGGAGUGGGAGAGGGUUCACAAAGGGGCUAUCAAGGAGACUUACUUCAUGGCUGACAGGUGCAUUGAAAACCAGAUCUACCAGUUCAGAGUUCAGACUAAGAACGAGGGAGGAGAGAGCAACUGGGUGACCACAGCUGAAGUUUUGGUCAAGGAACAGCUCGUGGUGCCUGAAAUCAAGAUCCAACUGGACGGGACGCUUGUCGUCAAGGCAGGAGACUCUAUUCCCAUUGAGGCAACAGUAAAGGGCAAACCCCAGCCGGAUGUCAAGUGGACCAAAGAUGAGAAUGAAAAGGAGAUUAGGAAAGGCCCCAGACAUACAGUCGAAACUGGUGCUGACUUCUCGAAGCUGCUGAUCACCGGAGCAAGGCGCACUGACAGCGGGGUAUAUGUCGUUACGGCCUCCAACAGCGCUGGAACCGGCUCUGCCCGUGCAAAGGUGAAUGUACUGGACCGACCCGGCCCCAUCAGGGACCUCGUAGUGUCUGGUGUCACCACCGACAGGUGCCAUUUGGCCUGGGAAGUCCCAGAAGACAAUGGCGGCUGCGAUAUCUACAACUACAUUAUUGAGAAAAGUGAGACCAAGAGGGGGGUCUGGUCAGUCCACACCAACGCUGUCAUCACCAACAAAGCUAACGUCACCCGUCUCAUCGAGGGCAACGAGUACAUCUUCAGAGUUCGUGCUGAGAAUAAGAUGGGCCCUGGCCCCGCGGUGGAGAGUGAACCCAUUGUUGCCGGCACCCAGUUCAGUGUACCCGGCGCUCCCGAGGCACCAGAGGUCACCAAGAUCGCCAAGGAGGAGAUGACUGUGCAGUGGUCCGAGCCCGACAAAGACGGCGGAAAGCCAAUCACAGGUUAUCUACUGGAGAAGAUUGAAGAGCACGGCGUUAGGUGGUCUCCCGUCAACAAGGAUCCAGUCCCAACAACUCGUUUCACAGUCACUGGACUCCUGCCCCUCCACGACUACCAGUACAGAGUCAAGGCCGUCAAUGAAAUUGGCGUUGGCAGCCCGAGCAAGCCUUCGCGGGCCAUCACUGCCAAGGACACCGUUGAGCCCCCUGCCCCCCCCACCAACAUGAAGGUCCUGGACAGCACCCUGUCCAGCGUCACCCUGGGCUGGACCAAGCCCGUGUCCGACGGGGGGGCCCCCCUCAUCGGCUACGUCGUGGAGAUGAGGCUGCAAGGAAGCGCCAAGAAGGGAGACGAAGGCUGGAAGAGGUGCAACGUGGCGGCCCAGCUGGUCGUGUGCGAGUUCACCGUCUCCAGUCUGGACCACAAGCUCCUGUAUGAGUUCAGGGUGUCGGCCCAGAACCAGGUGGGCAUGAGUCUGCCCUGUGACCUGGGGUCCCCUGUGAUCCCCAAGGAGAUCAAAGAGUCCCCAGAGAUCGAUCUGGACGCCAGCCUGAAGCAGGGCCUGACGGUCAGAGCCGGCUGUCCCAUCCGGCUGUGGGCCACCAUCAGAGGCAGACCGCCUCCCUCCGUCACCUGGAGGAGGAUGGGCAUCGACAACGUGGUGCGGAAGGGAAAGGUGGACCUCAUCGACACCAUGACCUUCCUGGUGAUCCCCGACAGCACCCGCAACGACUCAGGCAAAUACUGCCUGACGCUGCGCAGCACCGCGGGGGAGAAGGCUGUGUUCGUCAGCGUCAAGGUCCUGGGUAAGCCUGAUCCCUGUGAGAGGAUCGAGGUUCUGGAGAUCACUAAGAACAGCGCCGUGGUGGGCUGGGUGAGACCGGCCCGGGACGGUGGGGCCAAGAUCGACGGCUACGUGGUUGAAUACAUUGAGGUGAAGCCUCCUCCAGAGCCCCCCGCACCUGUGGAGGUACCAGAGGGAGAAGAAGCCCCGCCCCCGCCCUCCCCGCCGCCCGUGGAGGACGAGGACGAGGCCGCGGAGCCGGAGAAGGAGGUGUGGAACGCCUACACCACAGUGAAGGGGCUCUCCAUCAGCGUCAGCGGCCUGAAGGAGGGGAAGAGGUACAAGUUCAGGGUCGCCGCCAAGAACCUGAUGGGCCAGAGCUCGUUCACCGAGACCAGGGAGCCUGUCGAGGUCAAGGAACAGAUGCUGGAGCCAAAGAUCGUCAUGCCCGAGACAGUGAGCGCCAGAGCCAGAGCAAAGCUCCGAGUGGAGGCUCUGGUUUCGGGUAAACCCCCCCCGACCUGCAGGUGGAUGCGCGGCGAGGACGCGGUGGUGCCGUCCAGCCGCCUGGCCGUGCACCAGUCCGGGAACCUGUGUGUCCUCAUCAUCAAAGACGUCUCCCGGACGGACACCGGGGAUUACAGCCUGAUGGCCGAGAACAGCUCCGCUAAGGUGGUCGAGACCAUCAAGAUCAUCAUCAGAGACAUCCCCGGGCCUCCCGAGGGCCCCGUGGAGAUCAGCGACAUCGACGCCGAUGCCUGUUCUCUGUCCUGGAACAAGCCGCUGGAGGACGGAGGCAGCAACAUCACCAACUACGUGGUGGAGAAGUGCGACGUGAGCCGAGGCGACUGGGUGUCGGCCGUGUCCUCUGGGACCAAAACCAGCUGCCGGCUCGGGAAGCUGGUGCCCGGGAAGGAGUAUGUGUUCCGGAUCCGGGCGGAGAACCGCUACGGCGUGUCGGACCCCACACAGUCUGACAGGAUGGUGGCAAGGUUCCCCUUCGAUGUUCCUAGUGAGCCCCUUAACUGUUGCAUCACCAAGACCAACAAGGACUGCAUGUUUGUGGCGUGGGACAAGCCCGAGAGCGACGGCGGCAGCCCCAUCACCGGUUACUACAUCGAACGGAAGGAGAGGAACAGCCUGCUGUGGGUGAAGGCCAACGACACCAUCAUCCGCACCCUGGAGUACCCGUGCGCCGGCCUCAUCGAGGGCCUGGAGUACAUCUUCAGGGUGUCUGCCAUCAACAGGGCCGGCCAGGGCAAACCCAGCAAGAAGACAGACUUCGUCACGGCUAGAACGGCGAUCGACACCCCGGGUAAACCUGAGAUUCUGGAUGUUACCAAGAACUCUGUGACUCUGGUUUGGACCCGCCCCAAGAACGACGGUGGCAGCCGGAUCAUAGGCUACUACGUUGAGUCCCUGCAGCUGCCCGGAGACACUUGGAUCCGGUGCAACACCAGCAGCCAGAACUGCCCCCGGGAGGAGUACACAGUGACCGGGCUGGAGAGAGACCUGCAGUUCCAGUUCAGGGUCAUCGCCAAAACCGCCGUCAACAUAAGCAAACCCUCCGAGCCCACAGACCCGGUCUUAGUCUGCGCUGAGAACGUUCCCCCGAGGGUGGAGGUCAGUGCCAAGAUGCAGAAGGGUCUGAGGGUGAAGGCCGGGUCAACCGUCCUCCUGGAGGCCGAGGUGUUUGGGAAGCCGAUGCCCAGAGUGACGUGGAAGAGGGGCAACGACAGUCUGAAAUCCGGCGAGGGCCAGACCCUGAGCCAUCAGAGGAACCACUUCCUGCUGGAGAUGACGGCGGUCACCAAGGAGCAGACGGGAACCUACACCAUCCUGGCUGAGAACGCCAGCGGAUCCAAGACCGCCGAAGUCCAGGUCACCGUCCUUGAUGUGCCCGGCCCUCCGUCCAACGCCAAAUACCUGGAGGUGUUUGCCACAAGACUCAAGCUGUCCUGGGAGCCCCCCCUGAAGGACGGCGGCGCCGCCGUGACCAACUACAUUGUGGACAAGCGUGAGACCAGCAGAGCCAACUGGGCCCAGGUCUCGGCCAAGAUCAAGGCCGACCACCUGGAGCUCAGCGUGGAGAAGCUCAUCGAUGGACGCGAGUACCAGUUCCGGAUCCGCGCUGAGAACACCUGGGGAGUCGGAGACCCCCUGAUUACCAACUCUGUCACGGCCAAGAACCCAUUCACGGUCCCUGGCCCCUGCGAGGCCCCCGUGAUCACCAAUGUGACCAGAGACUGCAUGACGGUGAGCUGGAAGGAGCCCGCCGAUGACGGACUGUCCCCAAUCCUGGGCUUCGUGCUAGAAAAGAAAGAGACCAAGGAGCUGAACUGGACCAAGGUGACCAGGAAGCCCGUCACCGAGCGGAGCCUGGAGGUCCCAGGGCUUACCGAGGGAGCCGAGUACAGCUUCAAAGUCAGCGCCGUCAACCAGGCCGGGCUCGGCAAAGCCAGCGAGCCCUCCGCCGCCACCACGGCACAGAAUCCAAUCACUCCUCCUGGUCCCGUUGUGAACCCAGCUGUGUCCAACACCUCCAACAGCACCAUCAGCCUCACCUGGGCCGCCCCCGCCAACAAUGGCGGCAGCCCCAUCAUUGGAUACCUGGUGGAGUGUAAGAAGGCUGACACGGCAGACUGGACCCGCUGCAACGUGCCCAGGAACCUGCAGGAUACCAGCUACACCAUCCAGAACUUGACCCACAAGGCCGAGUACCAGUGCCGCAUCACGGCCGUCAACAAGGUCGGCUUCAGCGAGCCGGUGGAGGUCCCCGGCAAGCACGUUGUCAAGGCCAUCAUCAUUGCUCCGGAGGCAGAGCUGAGUGCCGAGCUGAAGGACGGGCUGGAGCUGCGUGCCGGCUCCACCAUGAGGCUUUACGCCACCUACAGGGGCACCCCCACCCCCAGGAUCACUUGGGCCAAGAUGAACAGCAACAUCAAGGACCGCCAGGGUGUCAUCAUCAAAACCACCAACCAGGACACCGCUGUGGUCGUGGAGAACGUCAACAGAUAUGAUGCCGGCAAAUACAUCCUGAACCUGGAGGGCGUGGCCGGCAUGAAGAUGUAUACCAUCGUGGUCAAGGUCUUAGAGGAGCCUGGACCCGUCAUGGACUUCAAGACUCUGCUGGUCACCAAGGACUCGUGCACUCUGAGCUGGAAGAAACCGCUCACCGACGGUGGCAGCCGCAUCAUCUGCUACGUGCUGGAGGUCCUCAUCGGUGAGGACACUUACAAGGAGCUCAUGAGGUCCAAGAACAUGCAGUACAGCGCCAAGGACCUGGUGGAGGACAGAGAGUACACGUACAGGGUGAAAGCUGUGAAUGACUCGGGAGACGGCGCCACCAAGGAGCUGAAAGUGGUUGCCAAGGACCUGAUCAUUCCUCCCAGCCUUGACCUGAGGGAGCUGCCCAACAUGUGCUACAUCGCCAAAGAGGGCAGCAUCGUCCGUCUAAGGAUCCCCAUCAUUGGCAAACCCACGCCCAAAGUGUCCUGGAAGAAGGGAGACGACGAAGAACUGACAGACAGCGGCCGAGUGUGCGCAGAGUCCUCCGCCGUCAACACCACCCUCCUGAUUAGAGACUGCCAGAGGAGCGAUGCCUCCAAGUACACCAUUACCCUUAGAAGCAAAGCUGGGACCAAGGAAUCCACCAUCUUCAUCAGGGUGGUGGGUAAACCUGGCGUUCCUAUUGGACCCAUCAAGUUUAAAGAUGUCACUGCCGACGGUGCUACGCUGAAGUGGGUCGCUCCCAAAGACGACGGCGGCUCAGAGAUCACCAACUACAUCCUAGAAAAGAGGGACUUCAUCACCAACAUGUGGGUGACUGUGUCCUCCACUGUGGAGACCAACACCAUGAGGGUGACAGGUCUCCAUGAGGGCACCGAGUACAUCUUCAGAAUCUGCGCUGAGAACAAGUACGGCGUCGGAGAGGGACUCAAGUCUGAGUCCAUCGUCGCUAAGCAUCCAUUCAAUGUUCCCGAUGCUCCUCUUCCACCUCAGAUCAUGCACAUGUGCCACGACUCGGCUUACUUGGCCUGGAAUGACCCCAGGAAGACUGGAGGGUCUCCCAUCACUGGCUACCAUGCUGAGUUCAAGGAGAGGAACAGUAUGUUGUGGAAGCGGGCGAGCCCAACCGCCUUGAGGAUGAAGGAACACAAAGUAACUGGUCUGACUGAAGGUCUGGAGUACGAGUUCAGAGUCAUGGCAAUCAACCUGGCUGGCAUCGGUAGACCAAGUGCCCCCACUGACCCACAGGUGGCCCUGAACGCCAUUGAUGCCCCUGGAAAACCUGACGUGAUCAGCAUCACCAGGAGCACCGUGACCCUCCAGUGGACCGAGCCAGAGCGCGACGGCGGCCACAGGCUGACCGGCUACGUCGUUGAGAAGCGCGACCUGCCCUCUAAGGUCUGGGUGAAAGCCAACAACGUGAACGUUGUGGACCCUGCGUUCACAGUGACCGAACUGCAGGAGGGCUGCAAAUACGAGUUCAGGAUCAGGGCGAAAAAUUCUGCUGGAGCGAUCAGUCCGCCCUCCGAGCAGACUGAUACUAUUAUCUGCACAGAUGAAUAUGCUGCACCAACCAUUAUUAUUGAAGCCCAGGUCAAGGAGGGUCUGACUGUCCGAGCCGGGGAUACUAUCGUCAUCACUGCCACAAGCAUUUUAGGCAAACCUGCGCCAACCUCAUACUGGUCAAAGGGAGGAAAGUACUUCAAACCCUCUGAUCUUGUAAAUAUUGAGACCACUGCAACGUCGUCCACUCUGUCCAUCAAGUACGCCAGCAGGAAGGACUCUGGAGAGUACGUCAUCACUGCCAGCAAUCCCUUUGGCGUGAAGGAGGAAACGGUCAAGGUCACAGUUUUGGACGUUCCUGCUGCUCCGGGACCCAUCGAAUGCAGCGGUAUUUCCUCUGAAAAGGUCACUCUUACCUGGGCAGCUCCUACAGAGGACGGAGGCUCUCCUAUCAGACAUUACACCCUGGAGAAGAGAGAGACCAGCCGCCUGCUCUGGACCAUCCUGGAGAGCAACAUUAUUGACUGUCGCUAUGUGGCCACCAAGCUUAUCCAGGGCAAUGAAUACUUCUUCAGAGUCUCUGCUGUGAACCAGUAUGGUGCCAGUGAGCCAUCACACUCUGAGGCGGUCAAAAUGGUUGAUAGAUUCGGUCCUCCUGGUCCACCAUCCAAACCAGAGAUUGAGAAAGUCAACGGACAUUCAGCCACUCUGACCUGGAGGAGACCAGCUGACGAUGGAGGAAGUGACAUCAUAGGUUACUGUGUUGAGAAGAAGGAGAAGAAGGGAAUGAGAUGGUUCAGGGCGUCCAAGAAAUCCAUAAGUGAGCUCACCUUUGAAGUGACCGGUCUCACCACGGGUAUAGAGUAUGAGUUCCGUGUUCUUGCUGAGAACAAAGCUGGCUUUGGAGAGCCUAGUGAACCAUCCAUGCCUGUCAGACCAAUAGAGGAGGCCUUUGUGCCUGGACCUCCCGUCAAUCCAAGAGUCACAGACACAACCAAGACCACUGCCACUCUAAACUGGGGGAAACCUCUUGAUAACGGUGGACUUGAAGUCACUGGAUACGUGAUUGAGCACAAAAAGGAAGGAACAGAAGAAUGGGUUAAGGACACCCCUUCGUCUCCACUUAGGAUCACAGAGUUUGUUGUUCCCAAUCUGGAAACGGGUACUAAAUACCACUUCAGAAUUAGCGCUAUUAAUGCUAAGGGAGCAGGUGAACCUGCUGAAACCCAAGAACUUAUUGAGAUUGUGGAGCGUUCAGCUGAACCUGACUUGGAGCUUGAUGUUGAGCUGAGAAGAACCCUUGUUGUCAGGGCUGGCUGCUCCAUUCGCCUCUUUGUGCCCAUCAAGGGACGUCCUACGCCUACCGUCACCUGGACCAAGAACGGCGGUCCAGUCCCACGCGCAGUUAUUGACAGCACUGAGUCAUUUACAAUGCUGAUCAUUCCUGAGAGUUCCAGGAAUGAUGCGGGUAAAUACGAGCUUACCCUUGAGAACUCAGCUGGAAAGAAGAGUGCCGAUAUACAUGUGAGAGUUCUUGGUUCACCUGGACCUCCAAUCAACCUAAAACCAGUCAAGAUUGACAAGGAAAGCAUUACUCUUCAGUGGGAGGUGCCUAUGAUCGAUGGUGGAGCCAAGGUCACAAACUACAUCAUUGAGAAAAGAGAAACAACACGCAAGGCUUUUGCUACUGCUGUUACAAAGUGCCCCACCACUUCAGUUAGGAUUGGUGACCUAUGUGAAGGCUGUGAGUAUUACUUCAGAGUGUCUGCCGAGAAUGAGUAUGGCAUUGGUGAGCCGGCUGAAACCGUUGAUCCAAUUCGUGCAUCCCAGGCACCAUCUCCUCCAACGAGUAUAAUACCUACUGAUGUCACCAAGAACUCUGUGAGCCUGGCUUGGACCAAACCCAAGCAUGAUGGGGGCAGCAGAAUUACAGGAUACGUCCUUGAAGCCCAGAAAAAGGGAACUGAUCAGUGGGCACAUGUUACAACAGUCAAGGUCAUGGACUUCACAGUGAAGAAUCUUAAUGAGAUGGAGGAAUACAUUUUCCGCGUUAUGGCUGUCAACCACUCAGGUAGAAGCGCUCCACGUGAGAGUAAACACAUUACUGUCAGGGAUUCUACUUCCCUGCCUGAGUUUGACCUCCGUGGUGUAUGUCAGAAGACUGUUAUUGCCAAGGCAGGAGAUGACAUCAAGGUUGAAAUUCCAGUUAUGGGACGUCCCAGACCAACUAUCUCUUGGCAAAAGGAUGGCUUAGCCCUGAAGCUCACACAGAAAACCAAUGUGGAAACUACUUCUGCUACAGUUAUCCUCAGCAUUAGUGAAUGCACCAGAGCUGACAGUGGUGUCUACACCAUGACUGGAAAGAACAUUGUUGGUUCUGUGACAGACAAGAUCAUUGUCAAAGUUCAUGAUGUUCCUGGGCCACCCAAGGGACCGGUUACCAUUUUGGAGAAAUCUCGUACCUAUUGCGUCUUUGCAUGGGACACUCCUGACAAUGACGGAGGGGUUCCAAUCACCAAUUAUGUGGUGGAGAUCAGAGACACCACUUCCCAAACGUGGACAGAGCUGUCUUCCACUAUCAUCCGUACCAUGUUCAAAGCCGUUCGCUUAACCACUGGAUCAGAGUACCAGUUUAGAGUGAGAGCUAAAAACAGAUAUGGUGUUGGGCCUCCCAUCACCUCAGAGGCAGUACUGGCUGCCUAUCCAUUCAGAGCUCCUGGACCACCUGGUACUCCUGGUGUUGUUGCCUUUACCAAGGACUCAAUAACAAUUGGCUGGAACGAACCUGUGUCUGAUGGUGGAAAUGAAGUCAUUGGUUAUCAUGUUGAGAGGAAAGAAAGAAGCAGCAUCAUGUGGCAAAAGAUCAGCAAGUCUCUUGUGAAAGGAAACCUCUUCAAAUCCACUGGGCUUGAAGAUGGAAUUGCCUAUGAGUUCCGUGUCAUGGCUGAAAACAUGGCUGGAAUUGGUAAGCCAAGUAAGGCCUCAGAAGCGAUAUUGGCCUUGGACCCUGUAGACCCACCAGGUCAGCCUGUGCCAAUAUUUGUCAACAAAAAUGUUAUCACCAUUGAGUGGACAAAGCCUGAGUACGAUGGUGGUUUCAAAAUCACUGGCUACACAGUGGAGAAGAGAGAAAUGCCUACUGGCCGUUGGAUGAGAGCCAACUUCACCAACAUCACUGAGACGACAUUCACUGUCAGUGGACUGACUCAAGAUGCCUCCUAUGAGUUCCGUGUUAUGGCCAGAAACUCAGCAGGUGCAGUGAGUCUGCCCUCUGAGCCCUCAGACCAAAUUACCUGCAAAGAUGACAUCAUUGAGCCACGUAUUAUGGUUGAUGCCAUCUUUAAGGAUGUUGUUCUACUAAAAGCUGGAGAGUCCUUCAAGCUUGAUGCUGACAUCGCUGGUCAACCAACUCCAUCUAUGGUUUGGACCAAGAACGGAAAGGAGGUUGAGAACACAAUGAAACUGCAGCUGAAGUUCACAGAACUGACAACCACUCUUACCAACAAGGACUCUAUCAGAACAGAUGGAGGAGAAUUUGUUUUGACGGCCACUAAUGUUGGUGGAUUUGCUAAGCACAUCUUUAAUGUUAAAGUGCUCGACAGACCAGGACCACCAGUUGGACCUCUUGACGUGUCCAAUGUCAACGCUGACAACUGCUUGCUCACCUGGGCUCCACCUGCAGAUGAUGGAGGUGCCAAGAUUGAAGGAUAUGUGAUUGAGAAGCGCGAGUCAAGCAGGCUGGUUUGGACCAAUGUGGUUUCAGACCUGCAAGUUACACAAUUCAAAGUGACCAAGCUGCUCGAAGGAAAUGAAUACAUAUUCAGAGUUAUGGCAGUAAACAAAUAUGGACUUGGUGAGUCUCUUGAUUCACAACCCACUAUUGCAGCCAAUCCAUAUGUGGUUCCAGAUCCUCCAGGGAAUCCUGAGGUGACGGCAAUAACCAAAGAUUCAAUGUUUGUUAUGUGGCAAGCACCUGCAAGCGAUGGUGGAACUCCCAUCACCAACUACAAUAUUGAAAGGAAAGACAGAAUAGGCCUACGCUGGGUCAAAUGCAACAAGAGGAAGGUCAAAGAUCUGCAAUUCAAGGCAACAGCCCUUCUUGUUGGACAUGAAUACAAAUUCAGAAUAAUUGCUGAGAAUGCUGCUGGAUUGAGUGCACCAAGUGCUUCAAGUCCAUUCUACAAGGCCACUGAUGUACUGGACGCUCCGGGGGCCCCAUGCAACCCAAGAAUCUUGGACACAACUAAAUCCUCGAUUACUGUUGCCUGGAACAAGCCUGCAUACGACGGUGGCUCUGAUGUCACUGGCUACAUUGUGGAGACCUGCAUCCCGUCUGAAAAGGAAGAAGAGGAGGAAUGGACCAUUGUGACACCCAAAGAAGGACUCCUUGCCACCUCUUUCACCAUUAUUAACCUGAAGGAGAACCAGGAGUACAAGAUUAACAUCUCUGCUGUCAACAGUGAAGGAGUUGGAGAGGCAGCAUCUGUACCUGGCAAUCCCAAGGCAGAGGACAGGCUACUCCCACCUGAGAUCGAUUUGGACGCUGAGCUCCGCAAGGUUGUUAAUCUUAGAGCUUGCUGCACACUUAGACUAUUUGUGCCUAUCAGAGGCAGACCUGUCCCUGAGGCGAAAUGGACCAAAGAAGAUGGUGAGCGUGUUGAGAGGGCAACCAUUGAAAGCACAACAUCAUACACGUCUCUUGUAAUUGGAAAUGUCAACAGAUUUGACAGUGGAAAGUAUAAUCUUACAGUGGAAAACAGCUCUGGCUCCAAGACAGUUACAGUCCAAGUCAAGGUGCUUGACACACCAAGUGCCCCACAGAAUCUCAAGAUUACCACUGUAACAAAUGAAUCGGUCACUCUGACAUGGGAACCACCAGUAAAUGAUGGAGGAGUUAAGAUUAACAACUAUAUUGUUGAGAAACGUGAGUCAACAAGGAAAGCAUAUGCCACAGUCAGUGCUAACUGCCGUCAAACCACCUUCACAGUAGACCAGCUCUUGGAAGGAUGCAACUAUUACUUCAGAGUUUUGGCUGAGAAUGAAUAUGGCAUUGGGCUACCUAUUGAGUCCGGGGAAUCAAUUAAAGUUUCUGAGAAACCACAGCCACCUGGCAAAAUCACUCUUAAGGAUGUUACCAAGAACAGUGUCACCCUCUCCUGGGAGAAGCCAGCGCACGAUGGUGGCAGCAGAGUGGGCUGUUAUGUUGUUGAGAUCCAGCCUAAAGGUGUUGAUAAGUGGACACAGUCUAUGAUUGUAAAGGAAACAGAAGCUACUAUUAGUGGACUUAAUGCAGGUGAAGAAUACAUGUUCCGUGUAGCAGCAAGAAAUGAAAAGGGAACAAGCGACCCACGCCAAAUCGGUGUGCCUGUGAUCGUAAAAGAUCUUGUGAUUGCUCCUGUUGCCAAAAUGUUAUUCAACACAUUCAGUGUGAUGGCAGGAGAAGACCUGACAGUAGACGUUCCCUAUGUCGCACGUCCUAAAGCAAAUGUCACCUGGGUGAAAAAUGGUGAGCCUCUGAAAAGAACUACCAGAGUCAACUUUUCUGCAACUGACACAAUGCUAAACCUCAAAAUAAAAGAGGCUACAAGAGAUGAUGUUGGAAAAUACGUUAUUACUUUGAGCAACACAGCAGGAGAGACAACAGCUGACAUUGGCAUUGUUGUACUAGACAAACCCAGCCAGCCGGGUGGUCCAGUUAAGGUGGAAGCAGUUACGUCUGACAGUGUAACCAUGUCCUGGAACCGACCAGAAUAUGAUGGUGGUUGCACUAUCAAACACUAUAUUGUGGAAAAGAGAGACACAUCUGCAAAUACCUGGGUGGUUGUAUCUCCUAACCUUGCAAGGACCAAAAUCAAGGCAGGCAGGCUGAAGACUGGGUCUGAGUAUCAGUUUAGAAUCACAGCAGAAAACCGAUAUGGAAAAGGCCCAGCUCUUCUCUCAGAGUGUAUUGUGGCUCAAUACCCAUACAAGCUCCCAGGACCCCCAGGAACCCCCAACAUUGCAGUCUGCACCAAGGACACCAUGGUGGUUGCCUGGAAUGAACCUGUGAAUGACGGUGGAAGCACUGUGUUGGGUUACCAUAUUGAACGCAAAGAGAGAAACAGCAUCAUGUGGGUCAAACUUAACAAAUCUCUUAUUACAGACCAAACCUUCAAGACCACUGGUCUGGAACCAGGAAUGGAGUAUGAAUACAGAGUUUAUGCUGAAAACAUUGUCGGAAUAGGCAAAAUGAGCAAAGUGUCUGAGGGGUGUGUGGCUAGAGAUCCUUGUGAUCCCCCUGGCACCCCAGAGGCAACAAAGAUCUCUAAGGAUUCUGUGAGCAUUGUAUGGACCAAGCCUGAAUAUGAUGGUGGUGCCAAGGUUACGGGCUACGUUGUGGAAAAGAAGGAGCUUCCUGAAGGUCGUUGGCUGAAGGCUAACUUCACCAACAUCAUUGAGACAGAAUAUGUUGCAACUGGACUUGUGCAGGACAAUCAGUAUGAGUUCCGUGUCAUUGCCAGAAAUGCUGCUGGUGUGUUCAGCCUGCCCUCUUACAGCACCGGUCCUAUCACUGCCAAAGAUGAGAUUGAACCACCACGCCUCAGCAUUGACCCAGAGUACACACAAACUCUUGUGGUUAAUGCUGGAGAAAACUUCAAGAUUGAUGCAGAUGUUCAUGGCAAACCUUUGCCUUCUAUCCACUGGAUGAAGGGAGAGCAGGAACUGGGCAACACUAUUCAUAGAGAAAUUAAGAACACACCCAUCAAAGCUUUUAUAUCUGUUAAGGAAGCUAAACUUUCCGAUGGAGGCCAAUACACUCUGCUGUUGAAAAAUCCAGGAGGAGAAAAGGCUGUACAGGUCAAUGUAGUUGUUCUAGAUAAACCUGGACCACCAGAGGGACCUCUUAUUGUUACAGGAAUAACCAAAGACCGAUGCAGCCUUGUAUGGAAACCACCUCUACAAGAUGGUGGUAGCAAGAUCUCCCACUACAUAGUAAGUAGGAGAGAGACAAGCAGGCUUGCCUGGACUGUUGUUGACCCAAAGGUUGAGAAGACUUGUUUAAAGGUUUCUAAGCUCCUGGAGGGAGAUGAGUACAUCUUCAGAGUCCAAGCCGUCAACCAAUUUGGAGUGGGUGCACCACUUGAGUCUGCCCCUGCCAUAAUCAAAGAUCCAUAUGCACUCCCUGGUACACCCAAGAGCUUGGAAGUUUCAGAUAUUAGAAAGGAUUCAAUGGUGCUCACCUGGGAGGCACCUGCUGAAGAUGGAGGCAGUCCUAUCACUGGAUACAUAAUUGAGAAACAUGACAAAGAAGGUGUAAGAUGGACCAGAUGCAACAGAAAAACAGUCACUGAUUUAACUUUCAAGGUCACUGGACUCCUGGAAUCCCAUAUCUAUGAAUUCAGAGUUGCUGCUGAGAAUGGUGUAGGUUCCGGUGAACCAAGCACCCCAACUGUAUUCUUCAAAGCUCUUGAUCCCAUCUUCAGGCCUGGCAAACCACACAAUCCAAAAGUAACUGAUACAACUAAAACAUCAGUAUUCCUGUCCUGGGGAAAGCCCGUCUGUGAUGGAGGCUGUAAGAUUCAGGGAUACAUUGUUGAGUGCUGCACGACCACAGUGUCAGCAGUGCCAGCUGAGGCCCCUGCUGAAGCCCCAGCUACAGAGGCAGCUGCCACCGAUGCCAUAAUUGAGGAAUGGACAAUGUGCACACCGCCAACAGGUAUCAAGAAGAUGAACUUUGAAGUUGCUAACCUGAAGGAAAACCAGGCAUACAAGUUUAGAGUAUGUGCCAUCAACAAAGUUGGAGUUGGUGAGCAUGCAGAUGUCUCUGGAGCUGUUGUUGCCCAGGACAGGGCAGAAGAGCCAGACCUUGACAUUGACCCGGAACUGAGAAAUAUUGUGACCAUUAAAGCUGGAGCUUCCCUUAGACUGUUUGUUCCUAUCAAAGGAAGGCCAACUCCAACCAUCCGGUGGGACAAAGAUGAAGCUGCCCUUAAAGAGACUGCUGUGAUUGAGGUGACCAGCAGUUACGCAUCCCUUGUAAUUGACAAGAUGAGCAGAAAUGAUAGUGGAAAAUACACCAUCACUGCAGAAAACGCCAGUGGAACCAAAUCUGCUUUUGUUGUUGUCCGUGUUCUCGACACACCUAGUGCCCCUGUUAACUUGAAAGUGAAGGAAAUAACCAACCAGUCGGUGACACUGGCUUGGGAGCCACCUCUGUUGGAUGGUGGCUCGAAGAUCAAGAACUAUGUCAUUGAAAAGAGAGAAAGCACACGCAAAACAUAUGCAGCUGUUGCAACAAAUUGUCAUGCUCUUUUGUGGAAGGUUGAGCCACUCCAGGAGGGUUGUAGUUACUACUUCAGAGUCCUUGCUGAGAAUGCACAUGGUGUUGGCCUGCCUGCAGCGACUGUGGAUCCUCUGAAGGUCUCAGAGGUGCCCCAGUCUCCAAAGGCCUUGAUUGUUACAGAUCAAACCAAAACAAGCAUCUCUUUGGCAUGGGAGAGGCCUGAGUAUGAUGGUGGAAGCAGAGUCAUGCAGUACCUGCUCGAGGUGCAGCUGAAGGGCCAGGAAAAGUGGAAUGGUGUUAACACAUUUAAGACAAUGGAGGCUACUGUUUCCAAACUGAACCCUGGAGAGGAAUAUCUGUUUAGAGUCACUGCAAUUAAUGAUAAGGGAAAGAGUGACCCCAAAGUCCUCUCUGGUCCAGUGAUGACCAAGGACUUAGUCUUUGAACCAGAUAUCCGACCAGCAUUCAGCAGCUACAGUGUCAGAGUGGGCAAAGACAUGAAAGUUGAUAUUCCUAUCUUUGGACGACCUAUUCCAUCAGUCUCAUGGAGUAAAGAUGGAGCUCCUUUGAAGUUCACUACCAGAGUCAACAUUAUCAACACACCAACACAUACAACACUGAGCAUUAAGGAGGCAGCAGGUGAUGAUGGAGGAAUGUACAGCAUAAAUGUUACUAACACAGCUGGAAAGAAGGACACAGCAGUUGAUAUCAUUGUCCUUGACAAGCCUGGCCCUCCAUCCGGCCCUGUGAAGUUUGAUGAAAUCACCACACAGAGUGUCACUCUUUCAUGGGGUCCACCCAAGCACAAUGGUGGCUGCCAGAUUUCAAACUACAUUGUACAAAAGAGAGAUACUACUACAACAACAUGGGAAAAUUUCAGCAUCAACCAUGCCAGAACAACCAUCAAAGUGCCCAGACUGAAGACUGGAGCCGAGUAUCAGUUCAGGAUCAUUGCUCAGAACCGCUAUGGCAAGAGUCAAGGUCUGGAUUCCUCUUCCGUGGUAGCUCAGUACCCAUACAGAGAGCCAGGCCCACCAGGCACUCCUUUCCUUUCUUCUCUCUCAAGGGACCACCAGAUUGUUGAGUGGCACGAGCCUGUCGCAGAUGGAGGCAGUCCUGUCCUUGGCUACCAUCUUGAAAGGAAAGAGAGAAAUAGUAUUCUCUGGGUCAAGAUCAACAAAACACUUCUUCAUGAGCCUUAUUUCAAGAGUUAUCCCUUGGAGGAAGGUAUUGAGUAUGAAUACAGGGUUUAUGCUGAAAAUAUAGUUGGCACUGGCAGGUGCAGUAAGAUCUCAGAGGGCUGUGUUGCCCGUGACCCAUGUGAUCCUCCUGGCACACCAGAGGCCAUCCAUGUAACCAGAGAAACCAUUGUCAUCCAGUGGACUAAACCAGAGUACGAUGGUGGCAGUAAUAUAACUGGCUAUACUGUGGAGAAGCGUGAUCUGCCCGAGGGAAGAUGGGUGAGGGCAAACUUCACUAAUGUAAUUGAGACCCAGUUCACUGUCACUGGUCUGACUGAAAAUGCACAGUAUGACUUCAGAGUCAUUGCUAAAAAUUCAGUUGGCACCAUCAGUAAGCCAUCCUACAACAGUGGACCAAUCACUGCAAGUGAUAAAUUGGAGGCACCCAAGUUCUCAAUUGACCCUGCAUUCACCAAGACCAUUGUCAUCAAUGCCGGAGAGACCUUCAAGCUAGAUGCCGAUGUCCAUGGCAAGCCUCUCCCUACGAUCCAGUGGUUCAGGGAUGAAAAGCCAAUCGAGAAUACACUCAGACUAGAGAUAAAAGACACUGAAAACCAUGCAAUGAUUGUCAUUAAGGACGCUGUUAGAGUUGAUGGUGGCAUGUACACCCUCCAUCUAACAAAUGAGGCUGGCAAAGAAACAAUCCCAUUCCAGGUUGUUGUUCUAGACAGGCCUAGCCAAUGCGAAGGACCCCUCUACGUCACCGGAGUAGCUGAAGAUAGAUGCACACUGGUAUGGCGUGCCCCACUACAUGAUGGAGGCAGUCCUAUUAAACACUACUUCAUUGAGAGAAGAGAGACCAGCCGUCUAGCUUGGACUGUUGUUUCAAACAGCUGUCAAACCACAAGCUUUAAAGUCACCAAAUUACUUGAAGGCAAUGAGUAUAUGUUCCGUGUCAUGGCAGUAAACAGUUAUGGUGUCAGUGAGCCACUGGUGUCUAAUGGAGUGAUAAUGAAGACUCCAUUUAUUCCUCCUGGUCCACCUCAUAUUGAGGAUGUAUCUAACAUUGCUCAUGAUGGCAUGAACAUCACUUGGUCAGCCCCUGAGACUUGUGGAGGCAGUGAGAUUACCAAUUACAUUAUUGAAAAGAAGGACAGAAAUGGAAUAAAAUGGACCAGAUGCAACAGACAGAAAGUCACUGAUCUUUCGUUUAGAGUUACAGGCCUAACCACCGGCCAUGAAUAUGAGUUCAGAGUGAUUGCUGAGAAUGUAGUUGGAGCAGGAGAGCCAAGCCUCCCAAGUUCCUUCUUCAGGGCCAUUGAUCCAAAGUACAAGCCUGGUGCCCCAGCAUAUGUGAAUGUGAUUGACACUACAAAGAGUUCUAUUUCAUUGUCAUGGGGUAAGCCUCUGUCUGAUGGUGGCAGCGACAUUCAAGGAUACAUUAUUGAAGUCUGCAAGGCUGAGGAGGAGGAAUGGACCAUGGUCACUCCCCCCACUGGCCUGCGUCUUAACAAAUAUGAAAUAACCAAACUUACUGAGGGUCAGGAGUACAAGAUCCAGGUUUGUGCUCUGAACAAACUAGGAGUGGGUGAGCCAGCAGUUCUCUCUGGAACAGCUAAGCCAGAGGAAAGGGUGGAGCCACCACAGAUCCAUCUUGACUCUGAUCUAAGGAAGGGCAUCGUUUUGAAAGCCGGUGGAUCUGUUAGAAUCCAUAUUCCAUUCAAGGGCAGGCCAACACCUGAGAUUAAGUGGACUAAGGAUGAGGGAGAAGUGUCUGAAAAAGCAGUGAUUGAGAAAGCCCUUAACUUCACCCAGUUGUCCAUUGACUCAUGUGACAGGAGUCACUCAGGAAAAUACACCUUGAGCCUAACAAACAGCAGUGGCACUGUAUCUGAGUUUGUUACUGUUAAAGUCCUGGAUACACCUGGCGCCCCACAGAAACUUGUGGUUAAAGAAAUCCGAAAGGACUCCAUCACUCUUGAAUGGGAUGCUCCACUGGUUGAUGGAGGUUCCAAAAUUAAGAAUUAUGUAAUUGACAAACGGGAAUCAACCAGAAAGACUUUUGCUAAUGUGUCCUCAAAAUGCACCAAGACAACAUUCAAAGUAGAGAACUUGGUUGAAGGAGCUAUGUACUACUUCAGAGUCAUGGCUGAGAAUGACUAUGGAAUCGGCCAGGGUGUUGAAACAAAGGUGGCUUCCAAGGCCUCCGAGGUACCACUGCCUGUUGGAUCAAUUUUCCUCACUGAUGUCACCAAAACCAGUGUCUCACUGGCCUGGGAGAAACCUGAACAUGAUGGAGGCAGUAGAAUUGGGGGAUACCUAAUUGAGAUGCAACCCAAAGGUACAGAUAAGUGGGGAGUUGCAACAAAUACAAAGACAUGCGAGGGCACUGCCAAGGGCCUCACAGCAGGAGCAGAAUACCUAUUCCGUAUCAUUGCUUACAAUGAGAAGGGAAAAAGUGAACCAAAGGCACUUGCUGCACCCGUCACUGCAACUGACAUGACCAUAGAGCCAAGCCUUAAGAUGCAAUUUAACACCUAUAGUGUGUUAGCUGGAAAAGACUUGAAGUUGGAGUUCCCUGUGAUUGGCAGGCCCAAACCUACAAUCACCUGGACUAGGGAUGGUGAGUCUUUGAAGGUGACAUCCAGAGUCAAUGUGAUAAACACUCCAACAACAACUGGAAUUCAAAUAACGGAGGCAUGCAAAGAUGACUUUGGCAAAUAUAUCGUUACAGCAACCAAUAAGGCCGGCACUGUAAGUAACGAUGUGUCUGUCAUUAUCCUUGACAAGCCUGGUCCACCAACAGGUCCCAUCAAGGUUGUUGAAGUAAGCAACACCUUCGUCCAUCUCUCCUGGGAGCCCCCAGUGUACAUGGGUGGAUGCCAGGUAAAGAACUAUAUAGUGGAGAAGAGAGACACCACCACUACAACAUGGCAGGCAGUAACCACACAGCUUGCUAGAACAGCUUUUAAGGUCACCAAACUGAAGACUGGUGCAGAAUAUCAGUUCAGAAUCAUUGCUGAAAACAGAUAUGGAAAGGGUGCAUCUCUGGACUCCAAGGCCAUUGUUGUCCAAUAUCCAUACAAACCACCAGGGCCUCCAGGAACACCACGUGUCAAAUCUGCUACGAAGGAAAUGAUGAUCAUUGAAUGGAAUGAGCCAGUCAAUGAUGGUGGAAGUGCAGUGAUUGGGUACCAUCUUGAAAACAAGGAGAGAAGCAGCAUUACAUGGAACAAACUGAACAAGUCUCUUAUCACUGAUACCGAGUUCAAGAUCUGCAAUCUUGAAGAGGGGGGCGGAUAUGAAUUCAGAGUCUAUGCUGAAAAUAUUGUUGGCAUCGGCAGAUGCAGUAAAGUGUCUGAGAACUUUGUUGCUCGUGACCCAUGUGAUCCUCCUGGUGCUCCUGAAGCUGUGUCUAUUACUAAGACCAUAAUCAAGAUUAAGUGGACUAAGCCUCAGUAUGAUGGUGGGAGCAAAGUGAAUGGAUAUAUUGUGGAAAGGAAAGAUCUUUCCUCCCCAGAAUUGCGCUGGGUAAGGGCUAAUUUCACAAAUAUAGUUGAGACUGAGUAUACCGUCACUGGUCUAACAGAGAAUGAGCAGUAUGAAUUCAGAGUUAUUGCAAGAAAUGCAGUUGGAACCUUCAGCGAGCCAUCCGAUAGCUCUGGACCUAUCACUGCUACUGAUGAAAUUGAACCGCCAAAAGCCUCAAUGGAUCCCAAAUACAAGGAUGUCAUUGUUAUCAAUGCUGGAGAAAACUUGCUUCUUGAUGCAGACAUCUAUGGAAAACCGAUUCCUGAUGUUGCCUGGCUAAAAGAAGGCAAGGAAAUGGACAAAGCAUUGCGCAUUGAAGUGAAAACGACACAGAAACGAGCAGCCAUUACUAUUAAAGAUGUAACCAAGCUUGAUAGUGGCCACUAUGACCUCGUCCUCAAAAAUCUGGGCGGUAUAAAAACCUUCCCUAUCACUGUCAAAGUCCUUGAUAAACCAGGUACACCCACUGGACCCAUGCAAAUAACAGGAAUCAUGUCUGACAGGUGCACCCUUUCCUGGUCAGAACCAACUCUGAAUGGCGGGGCUAGUAUCACUCAUUAUGUUUUGGAGAAAAGAGAGACUAGCAGGUUGUCCUGGACAGUGGCUGCAUCAGACAUCAAGGGUAUGUUCUAUAAACUAAAAAAUUUGCUACCUGGAAAUGAAUACAUUUUCAGAGUCAGGGCAGUCAACAAAUACGGUGUGGGUGAUUAUCUUGAAAGUGAACCCAUAAUUGCACGCAAUCCUUUCAAACUACCAAGUGCUCCUGGAACUCCAGAAGCAAGUCAGAUCACAAAGGACUCCAUGGUUCUGUCAUGGACCACUCCAGAACAGACCGGUGGAGCUGAAAUUGAAACUUACCACCUUGAAAAACGUGACAAAGAUAGUGUAAGGUGGACAAAAUGCAACAGACAAAAGCUGACUGACAACCAUUUCAAGGUCACAGGUCUCAUGACAGACCACUUCUAUGAGUACCGUGUUGCUGCUGAGAAUGAAGCUGGAAUAGGAGACCUUAGUGAAUUGUCCCUAUUCUACAGAGCAUGUAAUGCCAUAACACCACCUGGACCUCCGCAUCAUCCUAAGGUCACAGACUACACAAAGUCUUCUGUUUCUCUGUCCUGGGGAAAACCUGACUUUGAUGGCGGUGCCUAUGUAAAGGGCUACAUUGUUGAAACAAGGGAGUAUACACCAAUGCCCGAAUUAUCAGAGGAGGCAGAAGUAGCUCCAGCAAUAGAUGCACCAGUUGAAAAAGAAUGGACCAUUUGUACUCCACCCACUGGCAUUCAAGCCACUAAACUCACCAUCACAGACCUGAAGGAGGGUGGAGAGUACCAGUUCCGUGUCUGUGCUAUCAACUCUGAAGGAGUAGGGGAGGCUGGUAAUGUCCACAGCACAGUGGUUACUUCUGACAGGGCAGAAGCACCAGAGAUCGAGCUGGAUGCUGAUCUUAGAAAGGUGGUAUCUGUCCGUGCUGGUGGAUCUCUGCGUCUGUUUGUCGCCAUUAGAGGAAGGCCAGAACCUGCUGUGAAAUGGGAGAAGGUUGACGGUACUCUCACAGAGCGUGCUGGAGUCGACACCACCAGUUCAUACACCAUGCUUGUCAUUGACAAUGUUAACCGCUUUGACAGUGGCAAAUACUCUCUUACACUAGAAAACAGCAGUGGUUCAAAAACUGCUAUUGUUGCAGUGAGAAUUUUGGAUACACCAAGUGCACCACAGAACUUUGUGGUGAAGGAGCUCAAGAAAGAUUCAGUGCUUCUUGCCUGGGAUACACCACUCACUGAUGGUGGUUCUAAAAUCACAAACUACAUUGUUGAAAAGAGAGAGUCUGUCAGAAAGGCCUAUACUACUGUCACCAGCAACUGCUUGGCCAACUCAUUCAAGAUUGAAGAGCUUCCUGAAGGUGGCAUGUUCUACUUCAGAGUCUGUGCUGUUAAUGAAUAUGGCCAAGGACAGAUGGUCGAAACCAAAGAAGUCAAAGUGUCUGAGGUACCGCAGCCACCAAGCAAAGUUUCCGUUGUAGAUGUGACAAAGACCAGUGUGACUCUGGCAUGGGAAAAACCUGCUCAUGAUGGUGGAAGCAAAAUAAUGUGCUACAAUUUGGAAUUUAAGCCCAAGAGUGGAGAUAAAUGGGGCACAGCAUGCACAGUAAAGGUUCCUGAAGCAACUAUUCCUAAUCUGAGUCCUAAUGAAGCCUAUUUAUUCAGAGUUGUUGCAAUCAAUGAGAAGGGAAAGAGUGAGCCAAAGGACCUUGGCUUGCCUGUAGUUACAAAAGAUGUUGAAAUUGAACCAUCUGUCAACUUAUUAUUUACCACAUACAGUGUGAAGGCUGGCGAUGACCUCACUCUCGACGUUCCAGUAAAGGGCAGGCCAAAGCCUGUUGUAUCCUGGAAAAAGGACAACCUUCCUCUGAAGCAAACGUCCUCAGUGACCAUCUUAAACACACUAACUUCAUCCAAAAUUAUAAUAAAAGAGGCAAGCAGAGAACAUGUUGGCAAGUAUGAGAUCACUCUGGCUAACACAGCAGGAACUGUCACAGCAAAUAUUGGACUUGUUGUCCUUGAUAAACCAGGUCCACCUAAAUGCGUUAAGGUGGAUUCUGUGACGUCAGACAGCAUCACACUGUCCUGGUCUCCACCAGAUUAUGAUGGUGGCUGCUGCAUCAGUAACUAUAUUGUGGAGAAGAGAGACACAAACACACAAGAAUGGCAAAUGGUAGGAAGUAACGUGGCUAGAACAUCUUUCAAGGCUGGCCGACUGACACAUGGAGCUGAGUACCAAUUCCGCAUCUAUGCUGUCAACCGUUAUGGAAAGAGUACAUACCUGGAUUCCCCUGGAAUUACUGCUAAGUAUAACUUUAAACAACCUGGACCUCCUUCUACACCUAUAGUGAAGUUGGCCACCAAGUCCUACAUGUUGGUGACUUGGAAUGAGCCAGUCGUGGAUGGCGGUAGUCCUGUUCUGGGCUACCAUCUGGAGAGGAAGGAGCGUUCUAGCAUUCUUUGGACAAAGAUGAACAGAGGAAUGAUCAAAGAUACUGAAUACAAAGUCAAUGGCGUUGAAGAGGGAAUGAUGUAUGAAUAUCGUAUCUAUGCUGAAAAUAUUACUGGUAUCGGUAAAUGCAGCAAGGCCUCUGAAGCUGUGGCAGCCAGAGAUCCAUGUGAUCCUCCAGGCACACCUGUGGUCACUGCUGUUACCAGAACAACUGUCUCCUUAUCUUGGGAGAAACCAGAGUAUGAUGGUGGUGCCAAGGUUACUGGCUACACCAUUGAACGCAAAGACCUUCCAGAAGGGCGCUGGACAAGGUGCAACUUCACCAAUGUGCCUGAGACCCACUAUGAUGCAACAGGCCUUACGGAGAACAGCCAGUAUGACUUCCGCAUCAUUGCUAAGAAUGUCGCUGGAGUGUUCAGCGGGCCAUCUGACCGCACUGGUCCCAUCACUGUCAAGGAUGAUGUGGAACCACCACGCAUCAUGAUGGAUGUCAAGUUCAGAGAGACAUUGCUUGUGAAAGCAGGAGAAACUCUGAAGAUUAACGCUGACCUUGCUGGACGUCCUGCCCCUGUCAUUUCCUGGACAAAGGAUGGCAAAGAGAUUGAGCUGAGAGCCAGAAUCCAGAUUGUUUCAACAGAUACCAGUACUUCUGUCAUUGUGAAGGAUUGCAUCAGAAGAGAUUCUGGACAGUAUGCCCUAACUUUGCAGAAUAUUGGUGGAAAGGUAUCCAUGCCAAUACACUGUUUGAUUCUAGAUAAGCCAGGACCUUCAGCAGGACCGCUUCAGAUCACAGGUCUCACAGCUGAGGCAUGUACUCUGUCAUGGGGUCCUCCUCAGGAGAAUGGUGGUGCUGACAUCACACAUUACAUUGUUCAAAAGCGUGAGACCAGCAGCUUGGCGUGGACAAUGGUUAAGGCAGACGUCCUUAGCACAUACCACAAAGUCACAGGACUGCUCAAGGGCAAUGAAUAUAUCUUCAGGGUUAUGGCUGUUAACAAACACGGGGUUGGUGAGGCUCUGGACAGUGAGGUUGUAAAGAUUACAGAUCCAUACACGUUUGCCACGGCUCCAACAAAUGUUGAUGUCACUACCAUAACUGGAGAUUCAAUGACCCUCACCUGGUGCAAGCCAGCCAGUGAUGGAGGCAGCCCCAUCAUUGGAUAUGUGAUUGAGCGCCGUGAUAAGACAGGUAUGCGCUGGGUCCGUGUGAACAGAGAUCCAGUUGUUGAAUGUACAAUAGUAGUAACCAAACUGCGCAAGGGUUGUGAGUAUGACUUCAGAGUUUGUGCUGAAAACGAAGCUGGUUUGAGUCCUCCAAGUGAACGAUCUGCAACAUUCAGAGCAUUGGAUGCUCUGGUUGUUCCUUCUCGCCCAACCAAGCCAAAGAUCGUCACGUCAACCACAAGCAGUGUGUCCAUUGUCUGGAAACCACCUACCGAUGAUGGUGGUGCUCCAAUCCUUGGUUACAGUGUAGAAUACAGAGACUACAUUGAAAAACCAGAGGUUAAGGGAGAAGAGGAAGAAUUUGAGGAAGAAUAUGAGGAAGAGGAGGAAGAGGAGAUUGCUGAAUCACCAGAAGAACUAGCAAGAUGGGUUGAAGCUAUCCCUCUUACCAAGAGCUUGGAGUUCACAAUCACUGGACUUAAGACAGACGCAAAAUAUGAAUUCUGUGUCAAGGCAAUAAACAAAGUUGGCAGCAGUGCGCGUAGCCUGUAUUCAGAUGGGGCUGCAGCAAUGGACAGAACUGCAGAGCCAUCAUUUGAUGUUGACAUUGAAAUGCGGAAAGUACUUAUUGUCAAACAUGGCACAGCAUUUACUCUCAAAGUACCGUUCAAGGGCAAACCUGUGCCAUCAGUGGAAUGGGCCAAGGAGGGUGUGGAUCUAAAGGUCAGAGGAACUAUUGACUCAACAGAAUCCAACACUUCACUGACCCUUGAGAAAUCCAACAGAAAUGACUCUGGAGAAUACAGCGUCACUAUUGAAUCACCGUUGGGAAAAGCAACAUUGCCCAUGGUUGUCAAGGUCCUUGACUCACCUGGACCUCCUGUCAAUGUUAAAGUUUCAGCAGUGACCAGGGAUUCUGCAACCCUCAUGUGGGAAGCUCCAGAGAAUGAUGGUGGUGAUGCAGUAAAGUCCUACCAUGUUGAAAAACGUGAGGCCAGUAAGAAGGCUUGGGUGUGUGUGACCAGCAACUGCCACGCACUGACUUAUAAGGUGGAGGACUUACAGGAGGGAGCCAUGUAUUACUUCAGAAUUAUUGGAGAAAAUGAAUAUGGAGUGGGUGUUCCUCAGGAGGCCAAGAAUGGAACAAAGAUAACAGAGGUGCCGAGUACGCCUAUGAAACUUGGAGUUGCAAAUGUUACCAAGGACAGCGUUACCAUUGCCUGGACGAGACCAGAAUAUGAUGGUGGCAGCAGGGUCACUGGGUACCUGAUUGAUGCCCUGGAGAAGGGCCAGACCAAGUGGGUGAAGUGUGCCACCGUGAGGACCAUGACCCACACUAUCAAGAGCCUGAGGGAGUGUGCAGAGUACUACUUCAGAGUCCGAGCUGAGAACCAUGCUGGACUCAGUGAACCGAAGGAGAUGAUCGUACCGGUCAUUGUCAAGGAAAUCCAUGAGGCUCCAGAGUUCGACCUGAAGAACUACCCCAAGAAUACAGUUUAUGUGAGAGCAGGCGCCAACCUGACGUUUGAGAUUCCUCUCACCGGCAGACCCAUGCCGAAGGUGACUAUGUCCAAGAACAACAUGGUCAUCAAGGGAUCCAAGAGGCUGCUAACAGAAGUAACCCCGGACAGUUUGUUCAUCACCCUGAAUGAAAGCAUUGCAAGUGAUGCUGGUAAAUAUGAAGUCACUGCCUCAAAUGCUGGGGGAACCACAAAGAUUUCCAUCAUCUUUGUUGUCCUGGACAGACCCGGACCUCCGAUUGGUCCAGUCCAGAUUGGAGAGAUUGGAGAGACCUCAGUGUGUCUGAAGUGGGCUUAUCCAGCGUACGAUGGUGGCAGUCCUGUUACCAACUUCAUUGUUCUGAAACGUGAAACCAGCACUCCUACCUGGUCAGAGGUGUCGACUAGCAUUGCCAGAAGCUCAAUCAAGGCGACCAAGCUCACCAAGGGAGAGGAGUACCAGUUCAGAAUCAAGGCUGAGAACCGCUUCGGGGUCAGCGACCAUAUUGACACCAAGCCAGUCAUGAUAAAGCUCCCAUACACCAUUCCUGGACCUCCGUCCACGCCAUGGCUCAGCUACGUCUCCAGGGAGAGCCUGACCGUCUGCUGGAACGAGCCGGUCAACGACGGUGGAAACGCAGUGAUUGGAUAUCACCUCCAAAUGAAGGAGAGGAGCAGCAUCCUUUGGCAGAAGGUCAACAAAACCGCAAUCUCAGGAAACCAGUGGCGAGUCACCAACAUCUGCCCUGGCCUCAUCUAUGAAUUUAAGGUGGCCGCUGAAAACGCCGCCGGUAUCGGAAAGCUGAGCAAGACCUCCGAAGAGGUGCUUGCUAUUGAUGCCUGCGAGCCUCCAGCAAAUGUCCACAUCACAAAAAUCACCAAGAACUCGGUCCGCCUGGCCUGGCAGAGACCUCCGUACGACGGCGGCAGCAAGAUCUCCGGCUACAGCGUGGAGAGGAGGGACGCUAACAGCAACCGAUGGGUGAAGGCCAACUUCACAAACAUCAUCGAGAUGGGCUUCACCGUCUCUGGACUCAACCAGGACGAGUCCUACGAGUUCAGGGUCUACGCCAAGAACGCCGUCGGCUCCGUUAGCAACCCGUCUCUCAUUGCUGGCCCGGUCACCUGUGUGGACACAACUGGCGCCCCAGCCAUCGACCUGCCUCCAGAGUACCUGGACGUGGUUCAGUUCAAGGCUGGAGCCUCGGUGAAGCUCCAAGUCGGGAUCAUCGCUAAGCCUCUGCCGACCAUCGAGUGGCUCAAGGAUGGAAAGGAGCUGGUGUCCAGCUCUAAGCUGUCGGUGGAGAGCACAACGGACUCCUCUGCUGUUCUGAUCAAGGACGCAGCUCGCUUUGACACGGGCUCAUAUGAGAUCAAAAUCAAGAAUGUUCUGGGCUCAGCAUCUGCAACCAUCAAGAUUGAGAUCCUAGACAAACCCGGACCCCCGGCAGGCCUUAUUAACUUCAACCUUAUCACGGCAGACAAGAUAACGUUCAGCUGGGAGCCGGUUCCCGAGUUGGACCAGGGAGGUUUCAAGGUCACCCACUACAUCGUUGAGAGGCGGGAAACCAGCCGAGUGGUCUGGUCCACGGUUUCUGACCACCUGGAGGCAACAUACGUCACCGUCAGCAAGCUGCUGCGUGGAAACGAGUAUGUGUUCCGCGUCAUGGGGGUUAAUAAGUUUGGAGUCGGAGAGCCGCUGGUGUCGGAGCCGGUCAUCGCCAAGAACGCCUUCGUGACUCCUGGGCAGCCUCACACUCCCGAGGUGACCACCAUCACCAAAUCCACCAUGGUGGUAGAGUGGGGCAAACCAGGCGUCGACGGAGGAAGCGCAGUCACUGGCUACUACCUGGAGAGACGCGACAAGAAGAGCCUGCGCUGGAUCCGGGUUUACAAAGACCCAAUAACUGGCAUGAAGCAGACGGUCUACCAUCUGACAGAAGGAAACGAGUACCAGUACCGCGUCUGUGCCAUUAACAAGGCCGGGGAGGGCCCGUUCUCCGAGGUGUCCGACUACUACAGGGCUGCUGACCCAGUCGAUCCACCAGAUGAGCCCUGCAAGCUGAAGGUGGUGGACUCCACCAAGACCUCCAUCACGCUGGGCUGGUUCAAGCCGGAGUGGGACGGAGGCAGCGAGGUCACCAGCUACAUGCUGGAGAAGCUCGUUGAGGGAGAGGAAGAGUGGGCGAUGAUCACCUCCAAGGGAGAGGUCAAGACCACAGAGUACACCGUUCACAACUUAAAACCAGAUGUCAACUACUUCUUCAGGGUCACGGCGGUCAACUGUGCCGGCCCCGGGGAGCCGCUGGAGAUGACCGAGCCGGUGCAAGCCAAGGACAUCCUGGAGGAGGCCCAGGUGGACUCAGAUGUGGCCAUGAGAACUCACUACAUCGUGAAGGCUGGCAAGGAUGUGGAGCUGUCGGUUCCUCUGAAGGGCCGCCCGGCUCCCAGUGCUUCCUGGACUAAGGGAGAAGAAUGCAUUGAUCACGACCCUAAAUAUGAGUUCCACCACUCCGACACUACCACAGUCCUCGUUAUGCGUGAGGUGACCAGGCUCGACACCGGGAAGUACACCGUGAAGAUAGAGAACGGUGUGGGAGAGCCAAAGACGCUGACGCUGUCCGUGAAGGUCCAGGACACUCCGGCUCAGUGCAGGAACCUGGUCCUGAAGGAGGUGACACGUGGAAAGGUCGUUCUCAGCUGGGAGCCUCCACUCCUUGACGGUGGUGCCGAGAUCACAAACUACAUUGUUGAAAAGAGGGACUCGUCCAAAAGAUCCUACUCUGCAGUGACAAGCAAAUGCACAGAAACAACAUACACCAUUGAAGACCUGUCAGAGAAGACGUCCUACUUCUUCCGCGUGUUAGCGGAGAAUGAGAACGGCGUUGGUGAUCCCUGUGAAACACUUGAUCCCGUAAAGGCAACAGAGACUCCUGGACCAGUCAAGGAGGUUUCUAUGAAGGAUUCAUCCAAAACGUCAAUCACUCUGCAGUGGCUGAAGCCUGAUUACGACGGGGGCAGCAUUAUCUCUGACUACGUCAUCGAGAAGAAGCUCAAGGACGAGGAUUGGUCUUUGGGAGGAUCCAGCAGAACUUGCGAGUUUGAGGUCAAGAAACUGAAGGAGCACUCGGAGGUGCUCUUCAGAGUUGCCGCCAGGAAUGAGAAGGGACGGGGAGACUUUGUUGAGAUUGGGCCUAUCCGGGUCAUCGACUACAUUAUCACACCUGAGGCAAGCCUUGCGGAGUACCCGGAUGGCCGCAUCAACGUCCGUCUGGGCCACAACGUGCACAUUGAGCUGCCAUACAAAGGUAAACCCAAACCUUCUGUCCUGUGGCUAAAGGACAACCUGCCUCUGAAGGAGAGCGACCAAAUCCGCUUCAAAAAGACAGAAAACAAAGCCACUCUAAUGAUUAAGAACGUCGUGAAGGAGAAUGAGGGGAAAUACACCCUGACGCUUGACAAUAAGGUCAACAGGAGAUCCUUCCACAUCCAUGUGAUCACCCUUGGACCACCAUCAAAGCCUGUUGGACCGAUCCGUCUGGAUGAAGUGAGGGCUGAGAGCAUCAUGAUCUCCUGGGACGAACCCAACGAUGACGGGGGUGGCGACAUCACCUGCUACAGCGUAGAGAAGCGGGACACCUCGCAUUCAGACUGGAAGAUGGCGUGCUCCAGUGUCCAGAAUACUGAGUUCAAGGUCCCCAACCUGGUCAAGGGUGUCCAGUACCAGUUCAGAGUGUGCGCUGAGAACCGGUACGGCGUCAGCGAGCCUCUGGUUUCCCAGUCGGUCAUUGCCAAGCACCAGUUCAGGCCUCCGGGACCACCGGGCAAGCCUUUCGUGUUCAACGUCACCAACGAUGGCAUGACCAUCCAAUGGGAGCAGCCCAUUUAUGACGGCGGCACGCCCAUCCAGGGCUACCAUGUGGAGAAGAGGGAAAUGAACAGCAUUAUGUGGCAGAAGGUGAACACAGUGGUGGUGAAAGAAGCCGAAUACAGGAUCCCAGGGCUUAUUGAAGGCCUCGAGUACUCCUUCAGAGUCUACGCACAGAACGAUGCCGGCUUCAGCCGGAUGAGUGACGAGAGCAAGCCGACCAUGGCGGUCAGUCCUGUUGAUCCUCCGGGCCAGCCCGACUACAUCGAUGUGACAAGCGACUCGGUGACGCUGAAAUGGGACGCUCCCAAACGUGAUGGCGGGAGCAAGAUCACGAGCUACAGCGUCGAGAAACGCCAAGGAAAGGGCCGCUGGUUCAAGGCCAACCUGACCGAUGUACACGACUGCCAGUACACCGUCACCGGGCUGGCAACCAACGAGCGCUACGAGUUUAGAGUGACGGCGAGGAACGCCAUCGGGGUCGUCAGCCCCCCCUCCAACUCCUCCGGCCUCAUCGUGGUCAGAAGUGAAAACGCUUGUCCCAACAUUGAGUUCGGCCCAGAGUACUUUGAGGGUUUGACGGUCAAGGCGGGAGACAACAUCCGGCUGAAGGCAACCAUCACUGGACGCCCUGUUCCAAAGGUGGUCUGGUACCGAAACGGCGUCGUGGUUACCAAGAAGAUGAUGGACAUCAUCAACGUAGCUGGAUCCAGCACGUUGUUCGUCAGAGACGCCGAUCGGACGCACAGCGGCCUCUACACCGUGGAGGCCACCAACGGGUCUGGAAGCAGGAAGCAGGACAUCCUCGUUCAAGUCCAAGACACACCUGGGGAGCCAGUAGGACCCAUCACUUUCACCAACAUCUCCGAGGGUAAGGUCACUCUGUCCUGGAACCCACCAGAGAACGACGGCUGCUCAGAGAUUUCGCAUUACAUCAUUGAGAAGCGCGAGACUGCCAAGAUCUCCUGGGCUUUGGUGUCUGACGAAUGUCAGGAGUGCACUUUCAACGCGACCAAGCUCAUCAAGACCAAUGAGUACCAGUUCAGGGUCUCUGCUGUGAACAAGUUUGGAGUUGGCAGACCGGUGGAGUCCAGCCCCAUCAUAGCACAGAUGCAAUACACGGCUCCGGACUCUCCAGGCACUCCUGACGCUACCGAUGUGACAGGAGAGAGCAUCACGCUGUCUUGGACUCCGCCAACAUCUGACGGAGGAAACCCCAUUCAAUAUUACAUUCUGGAGAAACGAGAGAAGAAGACUGUCAAGUUCUAUAAGGUGAUCACCAAGAAGCCCAUCAUCGAAUGUGCUCACAAGGUGCUCAACUUGACAGAGGAUAUGGAAUACGAGUUCCGGGUCAUGGCCGUGAACGAUGCCGGUAUUGGAGCUCCAAGCAACGUCUCUCUACCCAUCAAAGCUGCUGAGCCAAAGGAUAUUCCUUGUGCACCAUCUGUAGUCUGCGUGUCUGACUCCACCAACACCUCCAUCAGUUUGGAGUGGUCCAGGCCUGCGGAAGAUGGUGGCAUGGAGGUCCUCGGCUACGUUAUCGAGAUGGUUAAGGGAGAAGAUACCGAAUGGAAGGCCGUGAGGGAGGAGCUGGUGGCGGAAACAACGUACACAGUGACUGGUCUAGAGACGGGAGCUGAGUACAGGUUCCGCGUAGCAGCGGUUAAUCACAUCGGUAGAGGCGAGGAAAAGGAGACUUCAGAGCCGGCUCAGGCUGUGGACAGGCUAACACCGCCACAGGUGGAUAUCGAUGCCAAUUUCAAGCAAACACACAUUGUGAAGCCUGGAGGUUCAGUGUGCUUGUGCGUCAACUUCAGAGGAAAGCCAAUUCCCACUGCCACCUGGGUAAAGGAAGAUGGAGAGCUGGGUGUUAGGUCUGAGAUCAUAACUACAGAUGAGUACAGUUCUUUAAGCAUCGAAGGCUGCUCGAGGAACGAUACAGGCAAAUACACGGUUAACCUGGAGAAUUCCAGUGGCAGCAAAGCCGUUACGUUCAACGUGAAAGUGAUGGACACUCCUGGGCCUCCACAAGGGGUUGCCUUCAAGGAGGUGUCCAGAGGCACGGUUACACUAAUCUGGGAGCCUCCGUUGAACGAUGGCGGAGCCCGAGUCCAACACUAUAUUGUGGAGAGGCGUGAGGCUAGCCGCCGCACUUGGCAGCAGUCUGGUGGCCAUUGCAAGCAGCGCAUCUUGAAGAUCGAGGACCUGCUGGAAGGAGUGCCUUACUUCUUCAGAGUCUCUGCCGAGAACCAUCACGGCGUGGGCGAGGCAUUUGAGCUGAUCGAGCCGGUCAUUGCCACCGCGGAGCCCGCAUCUCCAAAGAGAUUGGACAUACUGGACACCACGGAUAGCUCUGUGACGCUGGGCUGGCUGAAACCAGAGCAUGACGGCGGCAGCCGCAUCCAGGGUUACUUCAUCGAGGCUAAACCGAAGGGUACGGACAAAUGGAUAGUGGUUGGUAACACCACUAAUCUUACAUACGUGGUUGAAAAGCUCAACAAGGGCGAUGAGUAUGACUUCUGUGUCAAGGCAAAGAACGAGUCUGGCUACAGCAAGCCCAGGGAAACCUUGGCUCCCGCACUGGUCAAAGAGCCUCACAUCGAACCAGCUGCUGACCUCCGUGAGAUUACCGACCAGCUUAUUACAUGCAGAUCUGGCAGUACGUUCACCAUCGAUGUUCCCAUCAGUGGUAGACCGGCUCCAAAGGUCUCCUGGAAGCUGGAAGAGAUGAGGCUCAAGAACUCAGACAGAGUCACCAUCAAAACGACCAAGACCAGAACCAGCAUCUCCGUCAAGGAGGCCAUGAGAGGAGAUGGCGGCAAGUACUAUCUGACGUUGGAGAACGUGGCGGGAACAAAAACCUUCGCUGUUGAAGUUAACGUCACCGGUAGACCCAGUCCUCCAGCCGGACCCAUCGAAAUCUCAAAUAUCACCUCCGAGUCCUGUGUCGUUAACUGGCAACCACCGGAGGACGAUGGCGGGACAAAAAUCACCAACUACAUCGUGGAGAAGCGUGAGUCCGGCUCCACCGCCUGGCAACUGAUCAACUCCAGCGUGAAGCUCACAUCGCUCGACGUCAGUCACCUGACCAAGUACAUGCAGUACACAUUCAGGGUCUCUGCCGAGAAUAUAUUCGGUGUGAGCAAGCCCACCGAGUCGGAGACAAUCGUCGCCGAGCAUCCCUACACGCCUCCUGGUCCACCAACAAGGCCCACGGUCUUCAACGUUACCGCUAACUCAAUGACCCUGAAAUGGGAGGAGCCCUACAAUGAUGGUGGAAGCAAGGUGACAGGCUACUGGAUUGAGAAGAAGGAGAGGAACAAUAUCCUGUGGGUGAGGGAGAACAACAUCCCUUGCUUUGAGUGCUACUGCAAGGUGGAAGGCCUGGUUGAAGGCCUGCAAUACCAGUUCAGGGUGUACGCCAUGAACAGCGGCGGGCUGAGCAAAGCCAGUGAGGCCUCCAAGGGAGCCAUUGCUCAAAACCCAGUUGAUCCACCAAGUAAACCAGAGGUCACAAAUGUUACAAGAAGCACCGUGUCCCUGAAAUGGUCGUCCCCCCUGAACGACGGCGGCAGCCCCAUUGUGGGCUACAUCAUCGAGCGGAAGCCGUACACGCUGACCGGCGAGGGCCGCUGGCUCAAGUGCAACUACACCAAUGUGACGGACACGUUCUACACCGUCACUGCCCUGGGAGAGGGCGAGCCCUAUGAGUUCAGAGUCAUCGCCAAAAACGCCAACCAGGUCUUUAGCAUGCCCUCCGACUCCACGGGCUCCGUGCAAUGCAAGACCGACUUCGAGCCUCCGAAGGCUUUGCUGAACAGCAAACUUCUGUCUGAGACGGUCCUGGUCCGAGCUGGUUCAGAUCUGGUUCUGGACGCUGCAGUGGGAGGCAGGCCGGACCCUAAGGCUCACUGGGCCAAGGGCAACAGGGACCUGGAGCUGUGUGAGAAGUACCACCUGCAGUACACCCCCACCCGGGCCAUGGCCAUCAUCAAGUUCUGCGACAGAGAUGACUCAGGGAAGUACAUCCUCACGGUCAAGAACGUCAGCGGGACCAAGACCGCCGAGGUCAACGUCAAGGUCCUCGACACCCCCGGAAUAUGCGAAGGCAGCAUUGAGAUCAGUAAGAUCACGGAGGAGUCGUGCACCCUGAGCUGGAAGCCCCCCUUGGAGGACGGCGGCGACGAGGUGACCCACUACAUCGUGGAGCGGCGCGACACCAACAGACUCACCUGGGUCAUCAUGCACGCCGAGUGCAAGGAGCUCACCUGUGACAUCACGGCGCUGUUCAAGAACACCGAGUACCUGUUCAGGGUCCGGGGCGUCAACAAGUACGGAGCCGGAGUCUACCUGCAGUCGGAGCCCAUGAUCGCCAGAAACACUUUCACUGUUCCGUCUCAGCCUGGCACGCCAGAGAUCCUGGCGUCAGGAAAGGACUUCGCCACCAUCGAGUGGCUGAAGCCAGAGAGCGACGGCGGCAGCCCCCUGAUCCACUACCUGGUGGAGCGGCACGAGAGGAAGAGCGCCCGCUGGGUGAAGGUGAACAGGGACGGAGCCCACCUGGACACCAUGCUAAAGGUGUCCGGUUUAACUGAAGGCAACAUCUACCAGUUCAGAGUGACGGCCAUUAACAAGGCUGGAGAGAGCGAGCCCAGCGAGGUUUCUCUCUACGUCGUCUGCAGACCCCCCAAAUGCACUCCUUCUCCUCCUUCCAUCCCCCGUAUCACCGACACCCACGCCGACAGCAUAAGCCUGGCCUGGUCGCGUCCGGUGGAGGACGGAGGCGCCGAUGUGAUGGGCUACAUCCUGGAGAUGCAGGAAGCCGGGGCAGACGAAUGGAAGAAGGUCCACGACAAGACCCUGCGUGCUUCAGAGCAUGUGGUGACAGGACUCUCUGCCGGGAAGAAGUACUGCUUCAGAGUGGCUGGCGUCAACAUCAACGGGACCGGAGACUUCAGCGAGCCGUGUGCCGAGACUGAGCCAGUGGAGAGGAUCGAAACUCCCGACUUUGAGCUCCACGAUGACCUGAAGAAGACCAUCUGCCUGCGUGCCGGAGGAUCCCUCCGCCUGUUGGUGAACAUCACCGGUCGCCCCGCCCCUGCCAUCACGUGGACCAAGCCUGGCGUUGACCUCCACAACAGAGGCUUCAUUGAAGUCACCAAGUCCUCCACUCAGCUCAUCAUCGACCGGGUGCACCGCUACGACGCCGGCAAAUACACGCUGCUGGCCGAGAACUCCGCCGGAAAACAGGAAGUCAACAUUCUGGUCAAGGUCUACGAUACUCCUGGACCAACUGGACCAAUCAAGAUCAAGGAGCUGACCAAGGAGUCUGCAACCAUCUCCUGGGAAGCCCCAACCGUGGACGGCGGCGCUCCAGUCAACAACUACAUCAUCGAGCGGCGCGAGGCGUCCAUGAGAGCCUACAAGACCGUGACCUCCAAGUGCAGCAAGACGUCUUACAAGAUUGAUGGCCUGAUGGAGGGCAUGCUGUACUACUUCCGGGUCCUCCCUGAGAACAUCUACGGGAUUGGCGAGCCCUGCGAGACCCCCGACGUCGUCCUCGUGUGCGAGGUGCCUCUGCCGCCACACAGGCUGGAGAUGAUUGACGUGACCAAGACCACCGUGACGCUGGGCUGGGAGAAGCCCGAGCACGACGCCGGCAGCAGGCUCACGGGCUACGUCAUUGAAGCCUGCAAGUUUGGCACCGACAAGUGGAUGAAGGUGGCCACGCUGAAGACCACCGACUUCGAGCACACCAUUGAGAAGCUGAACGAGGGCGAGCAGUACCUGUUCAGAAUCAAAGCCGUCAACAGCAGGGGAGCCAGCGAGCCCAAAGAGCUCGUCAAUACCAUCACUGUCCUGGAACAGAGAGUGAUGCCCGUGGUGGACUUCUCCAGCAUUCCCCAGAAGGUGGUGAAUGUCCUGGCCGGGAAGACUCUGGAUCUGGACCUGCCCAUCGUCGGCAGGCCCCCUCCUGUCUGCUCCUGGUAUUUCAGCGAUAAUAAGAUGAAAAACACCGACCGCAUCAAGAUCAAGAGUACGGGCAAGUUCUCUAAGCUGAGCGUGUCGGACACCACCAUCGACGACUCCGGCGACUACAGCCUGGAGGUGAAGAACGCCGUCGGCGUCGUCACCGAGGUCAUCAAAGUCGUCAUCCUCUCCAAACCUGAUGAACCAAGCGGACCCGUCAGGUUCGAUGAGAUCGAUGCAACCACCGUCACCUGCAGCUGGGACCCUCCAGCCAGAGACGGCGGCGCCCCAAUCAGCGGCUACGUGGUGGAGCAGCGUGACGCCCACAGACCCGGCUGGGUGCCCGUCUGUGACUCUGUUAGCCGACCCACCUUCAAGUUUGAGAACCUGAUAGAGGGAGACGAGUAUGUCUUCCGGGCAGCGGCCAUUAAUCACUACGGCCCCGGGGAGUUCCUGCAGUCGGACAUCGUCACCUGCAAGAGCCUGACCAAUGUGCCUGGCCCUCCUGGCCGUCCAACCAUCUUUGAUGUGUCUCGCGACGGCAUGACUGUGGCGUGGAACCCGCCAGAAGAAGACGGAGGCCUGGAGGUUUCUGGAUACAUAAUCGAGCGCAAAGAAGUCCGGUCUGACAGAUGGGUGCGUGCCAACAAGAACCCCGUCACCAUGACCAGAUACCGGUCUACAGACCUGAUCGAGGGUCUGGAGUACGAACACAGGAUCACUGCCAUCAACGCCCGAGGAAUGAGCAAACCUAGCCUGCUGUCCAAACCGGCCGUGGCAACAGAUCCCAUCGAUCCACCUGGCUGUCCCCAGAACCCGAGGAUCACCGACACCACCCCGUCCUCCGUGUCGCUGGCCUGGAGUCCCCCCGACGAGGAGGGAGACGCCAGGGUGGAUGGCUACCUGAUAGAGAUGCAGAAGGUGGGCACCCUGGCCUGGAUCAAGUGCAACACCACUCCGUCUCUGAUCUGCGAGUACACGCUGACCAAAAUGCCCAAAGGAGAGGAGUUCAAGUUCCGCGUGAUGGCGUGCAACGCCGGCGGCUCUGGGGAGCCCGCUGAAGUGCCCGGGACGGUGUUUGUGAAGGAGAUGCUUGAACCUCCUGACUAUGAGCUGGAGCUGAAAUACAAAGACAUGUACGUGGUUCGCCAAGGAGGCGUGGUCCGCCUCUCCCUGCCCAUCAAGGGCAAACCCCACCCAACGUGCACGUGGUCCAAGGACAGCGGCGCCAUCUCCCCCGCUGCCAUGAUCGCCGCCACGGAGGACGCCAGCGAGCUGGUGAUCAAAGGAGCCGAGAGGAGCGACUCUGGAGUAUACGAGCUUCUGUUGCAGAACAGGGUUGGCAAGAAGAAGGUCGAGAUCAAGGUGAAGGUCAUCGGGCGCCCGGGCGCUCCAGAGGGACCGCUGGUCUUUGAGGAGGUCCAGGCCAACUCUGUCAAGGUGUCCUGGAAGACGCCAACGGACGACGGGGGCUCGGAGAUUCUGGGCUACAUCGUGGAAAGACGCGAGGCGGCCAGGAACGCCUGGUACACCGUGGACUCCCGAGUGACGGACACCCAGCUGCUCGUCAAGGGCCUGAGGGAGGGGACCGAGUACCACUUCAAGGUCACUGCUGAAAACUCAUUCGGCAUCAGCGCCUCGCUCAAAUCAGAGCAGCCACUGGUACCCAUGAUUCCUCUCUGUCCUCCCGAGCCUUCAAGCACCCCCCCAGAGAUCAUGGACGUCACCAAGAGCUCGGUGGCAUUGGCCUGGUCCAGACCAAAGCACGACGGGGGGUCGGCCAUCACCGGUUACUUCAUAGAGUACAAGCUGGUGUCCGCUGAGACCUGGUCCCGCCACCAGACCAAGACCGCCUCCACCAUGUUCACGGUGCCUGGACUCACCCCUGAUGCAGACUACCAGUUCCGCAUCGUCGCCGUCAACAGCAUUGGGGAGAGCGAGGCUGGUCCUGUAUCUGACCCGGUCACAUGCAAAGAUCCAUUCGAUAAGCCAAGCCAACCAGGCGAGAUCGACACAGUGAACGUGACGAAGAGCGCCAUCGCCAUUCGCUGGGGAGCUCCAGAGUGCGAUGGUGGAAAGCCGGUCCUGGGCUACUGGGUGGAGUACAGGAAGUCCAUAGAGAGCACCUGGAAGAAGUCCAACAAACAGAGACUGAAGGAGAAGGAGUUCACCAUGCCUGGCCUGGCAGAGGCCACCGAGUACGAGUUCAGAGUGUUCGCUGAGAACGAGACCGGGAUGAGUCGACCUCGUAGGACCGCCACGUGCAUCAGGACCAAACUGAGUGUUGAAACUGAACCGGGCCUGAGGAAGGAAAUGGAUGAAGUAACUGUCAAGCUUGGCCAGCCUGCUGUCAUGAAGUGCCAGAUUAUUGGUCGACCUGUCCCUGACAUCAAGUGGUAUCACGCCGGCAAGGAGAUUGUUGAGUCUCGCAAGUACGAGAUGAGCUCUGACGGCCGCAACCACUCCCUGUCCAUCAUGACGGAUCAACAGGAGGAUGAGGGCGAGUACACCUGCAAGGGAUUCAAUGACGCCGGAGAAGCAGAGACCACAGGCGUUCUGGUGCUGGAGGCCCCUGCGUCCUUCAAUCCAGACUACCCGCUGAAGGAAACCUACUACGCCGGCCUGGGAUCCACUCUGCGCAUCCAUGCUGUCUACAUUGGCCGUCCCGAGCCAAAGAUCAUGUGGCUGCAGGGGGCAAAGACCCUUGAAAACACAGACAACCUCAGCAUUGAGACCACAGAGCACUACACACACCUGGUGAUAAAGAACGUCCAGCGCAGGCUCCACGGAGGCAAAUACAGGAUCAGACUGCACAACCACUUUGGCAGAUCUGAAGCUGCAUUCAACGUUGAGAUUUAUGACAAACCUGAUAUCCCUCAGGGUCCGAUUGUACUGGACGCCCUCCUGAAGAACUCAGUCAUCAUCAGCUGGAAGGCCCCCAAAGACGACGGCGGCUGCAUGAUCACCAACUACAUUGUGGAGAAGCGCGAGGACAAGGAGGGCACUGAGUGGGAACUGGUGUCAUCAUCCGUCAAUGGCAUAUCUUGCCGUGUGCCCAACCUCAUUGACAGCGCCGGAUACUUCUUCCGUGUGUAUGCCCAGAAUCGCUAUGGCAACAGCGAACCACUGGAGCUCACGUCCCCUAUCCUUAUCAAGAGCCAACUGGAGAAACCAUCGCCUCCUCUGUCACCAGUUGUUUCUGGUAUCACCAAGGACUCCUGCGUGGUUUCCUGGAAGCCUCCGCUCAGCGACGGUGGCUCCAAGAUCAAGUGCUAUUGCCUUGAGAAAAAGCAAAAGAAGGGCAAGAAGGAAUGGAGUGAAUGGACUCCCGUGACCAAGGACGAGAUUAAACAGACGGUGUUCUCCGUCAAGCGUCUGACCGAGGGUGUUGAGUGUAUCUUCCGUGUGAAGUGCGAGAACCUCGGGGGACAGAGCGACUAUAGCGAGGAGACGGCUCCCAUCAUUCCAGCCACAGCCGUCGAUGUCCGAGCUCCGGCCUUCAAGGAAGAACUGAGGAACAUGAGCGUCAAAUACAAGAGCAACGCUACCAUGGUCUGCAAGAUCACAGGGCAGCCCAAGCCUGUGAUUAAAUGGUUCAGACGAGGAAAGGAGGUCCACUCUGAUGGAAAGAAGAUCAAGAUACAGGAAUUCAAGGGAGGUUACCACCAGCUGGUCAUCACCGAGGCUGAUGAGGAAGACUCCACUGUGUACCAGAUCAGGGCCACCAACCAAGGAGGCUCCAUCUGUGCGACCAUCUCUCUGGACGUUGAAGUCCCAGCCAAGAUCAACCUGCCAAAGAACCUGAAGGACAAGGAAGCCAUCCCUGCCCUGCGUGGAGAAGUAGUCAAUAUCAAGAUUCCUUUCAGCGGCAAACCAGAUCCUGUCAUCACAUGGCAGAAGGGACAAGAUCUUAUCGACAGCAAUGGCCACUACCAGGUCAUCGUGACCAGAUCGUUCACUUCUCUGGUGUUCACCAACGGCGUGGAGAAGAAGGAUGCUGGUUUCUACAUCGUCUGUGCCAAGAACAGAUUUGGCAUUGAUCAGCAGACAGUUGAACUGGAUGUAGCGGAUGUUCCUGAUCCUCCACGUGGUAUCAAAGCCACCGACGUCUCCCGAGACUCAGUCACACUGAACUGGGUGGCCCCAGCAAAUGAUGGAGGCAGCAGGGUCAUCAACUACAUAAUUGAGAAGUGCCCGACCACUGCUGAGAGGUGGGAGCGUGUUGUCCAGUCCCGUGACACCCGCUACACCGUUACCAAUCUUUUUGGAGGAACCAGCUACCAGUUCAGAGUCAUUGCUGAGAACAAGUUUGGACAGAGUGCUCCAUCGGAGACCAGUGGACCUGUGAUGACCAAGGAGGACAAAUCAAGAGUUCUGCUUUAUGACACGGAGGUUGACGAUACUGGACGUGUCCCCAAGGGCAAGAUUCACUCCGAAGCCAAGAACAUGCACACCAAAUACGCCAUUGCAGAGGAAUUGGGAAGAGGUCAGUUUGGCAUUGUCCACCGCUGUGUGAGCAUCAGCUCUGAGAAGACCUACAUGGCUAAAUAUGUCAAGGUGAGAGGCUCUGAUCAAGCAAUCAUCAAGAAGGAAAUUGCAACAUUGAAUCUCGCCAAACAUACCAACUUCCUGCUCCUUCACGAAUCAUUCGACAGCCCAGAGGAGUUGGUAAUGAUCUAUGACUUUAUCUCUGGCUCUGACAUCUUUGAGCGCCUCAGCACAGCCGAGUUUGAGCUCAAUGAACGUGAGAUUGUCAACUACAUCAGGCAGAUCUGCUCGGCUCUUGAGUUCCUGCAUGAUGAGAGUUACGGACACUUUGAUAUCAGACCUGAGAACAUUGUGUACACAACUAGAACCAGCUCUAAUGUGAAGAUUAUUGAGUUGGGCCAGGCCAGACACCUGACUCCUGGAGACCAAAUCAAAGUCCAGUACACCACAGCCGAGUAUGCUGCGCCUGAGAUCCAUCAGAGUGAUAUGGUUAGCAGUGUCACAGACAUGUGGUCGGUUGGUGUCCUUGCCUAUGUCCUCCUCAGUGGAUUAAAUCCAUUCACCGCUGAAACCAACCAACAGAUGAUUGACAACAUCUCCAGUGCUGCCUACAGCUACGAAGAUGAGUCCUUCAAGCAGGUCAGCGUUGAAGCGUUGGACUUCACAGACCGCUUGAUGACAAAGGAACGCAAGCAUCGUAUGACUGCAGCAGAGGCUCUGGCGCAUCCUUGGCUGACCAAGCCCGCCGAGGAGAUGAGCACCAGAGCGAUCCAAAGCAGCAGGCAUAAGAGAUACUACCAGGCAAUGGUAAAGAAAGAGUGGAAGACCGUUGUCUCUGCAGCUCGCGUGGCCAGUGGCGGCUCCAUCAGAUCCCAGCGCGGCGUCUUUGUCGCCAAGGUGAAGAUCGCUCCGUUUGAACAUGGUCCUGUUGGAGGCCAGAUCGGCCACCACGUGGUGAACGAGGGAGACAACGUGAAGUUCACCUGCAACAUCGAGAACUAUGACAGCACAACUGAGGUGACGUGGUACUGCGGCGUCAGGCAACUUGAAGCUGGUGACAAAUAUGAAAUUGAGUAUGAAGAUGGCCUGGCUGUGAUCACUAUCAACAAGGUCACUAGAGCAGAUGAUGGCACAUACAGAUGCAAGGUUGUGAACGAGUAUGGUGAGGACAGCUCCUACGCAGAGCUGUUCAUCAACGGUGUUAGAUCUUACCGGGACUUCUUCACCACUCGUGUGGUCAAGAAAACAAAGCGCAGAGUCGACACUGCCAGAAUGCUGCAGAAGCCACCAGAGUUCACCCUUCCUCUGACAAACCGCACAGCCUACAUUGGCGAGGAUGUGCGCUUUAGUGUAACCAUCACUGUUCACCCGGAGCCUCGUGUUGUUUGGCACAAAUCAGGACAGAAGCUCAUCCCUGGAUUUGACGACAAGAAAUACACCUUCAUCAGCGACAAGGGCUUGUACCAGCUGAUUAUACACAAACUUGAGGAUGAGGAUGAUGCAGAAUACAGCAUCGUGGCCCGUAACAGGUACGGAGAUGACAGCUGCAAGGCUCGUCUUACUGUUGUUCCUCGACCUAAACCAGCAGACCUCACCCUGAGGCCCAUGUUCAAACGCCUGCUUGCAAAUGUGGAGUGCAGAGAGGGCCAGAACGUACGCUUUGAGAUCAGAGUAUCCGGACAUCCGACUUUGAAGUGGGAGAAGGAUGCCCAGCCUUUAGCCUUUGGACCAUCUAUUGAGGUCGUCCAUGAGGGUCUGGAUUACUACAUCCUCCAUGUGCGAGACACUCUGCCUGAGGACUCGGGUAUAUACAGAGUGACUGCCACCAACUCUGCUGGAUCUGCCAGUUGCCAGGCCUUGCUCAAAGUAGAACGUUCCACUCAUGUGAAGAAGGAAUAUGAACCGAGCGAAAAGGAGAAGAAGAAGAUAGCUGGAAAAGAGGAAAUGGACAAGAAGGUAAGGCUGUCUCAAAUUAUGGCCGGCACUGUGUUUACACCUCUACCACCCGCAGCAAUACAAGCCGUCAGGGAGGCAGCCACCAUGUUCAAACCUGCUGUGACAACUAAGAAGGGUGAGAAGACUGAGGCUGAGAUUCAGAAAGAAAAAGAGGAGAGGAAGAAGCGUGCAGACGAGAAGAGGCUGCGGAUGCCCUACGACGUCCCCGCUCCUCGUGUCAUGAACCCAGCUGCUCUUGAAGAGGACGCGGAAAUUAAACACUUCCAGCCGCUCUCCGACAUGAAAUGGUACAAAGUCCUGCGGGAUCAGUACGAGUUCCCUGAGCCUAUGGAUAAAAUCAAGCAGAAGAGGAUGAAACGGAUUCGCCUCUCCAGAUGGGAGCAGUUCUACGAGGUGCCAAUCCGGAUCAAGGACCAGUACAAGCCUAAAUGGCGAAUUCCAACUGUGACUCAGGACGAUUUGGAGACUGUGAGGCCUGCAAGGCACCGCACCCCUUCCCCUGAGAUGGAGGCCUACCACAGGAUCAGGAGGAGGUCUUUGGGUGAUCUGUCGGAUGAGGAGCUACUGCUGCCUGUGAAUGAGUACCUGUCUAUGAAGAGAACAGAGGAGGAUCGGCUUCGUCUGGAGGAAGAGCUGGAGCUUGGUUACUCUGCUUCACCACCGAGCCUCAGCCCAGUUCGCUUUGAACUGUCUGCCCUGCGUCCCUCGUCUCCCAAAAAAGUCCACAGUGACGACGAAGAGGGAGAAGAAAUCCGCAGAUAUGACUCCUACCGAAUUCCAUCUAAAUACGAGGCUGGCCCGAGUUUUGUUGACCUCCGCCAGCGUCACGACAAAGCCACGUACAAAGCCCCGAGACAGAAGCAGAGAGUGUACGAAGAGAAAGAAGAUCACGAACUGCUGCGCCCACACACAACUGUUCAGAGAAUGACCACUUACAAGAGUCAACUCAAGCGCAUGGAGUUUGAGGAGAAGACUCGCGUCUCCAAAAAGGAAACAACUGUCUCUGUUGCGACAGUUUCUGAGAGCGUUGAAUCAGAGCACCUGACUGCUUUCUCCUCGGAAUAUAUUCCUAAACCGAUGAAGAAGAUCCCGGCAUCUGAACCUCUGAGGAGAUCUACCCCGGAGAGAUCUGCCAAGACUGAAGUGAGCUUUCCUAAAGUUGACUUUGCGUCCAGGUAUGAGGAGAGAAAGCAAGCUCUGAGAUCAGAGAGAAGAUCAAUGGAGAGAAAGACCGAGGUGGUGACACAGGCUCCCUUCAGCCUGGACCACUGCCCACGUAUCACCAUCAGGUUGCGAUCUCACCGCGUACCGUAUGGCUGCAGCACCAAGUUCUCCAUGAAUGUCCAGGCCAAACCCGAGCCUGAGGUCAAAUGGUUCCACAAUGGAAAAGAGAUUUCUCAGUCAAGCAAGUACUACAUGACCAACAUUAGUGGGGUUCUUACUCUCAAGAUCAGCAACUGUGUGACGGAGGAUUCUGGCACUUACCGCGUGGUCUGCAAGAACGCCAAAGGAGAGAUUUCUGACUACGCCACAUUGGAUGUAGCAGGAGAAGAAUUUGCUGCCUACUCCUCGCGCCGCACAGAUGAGGAACCUCCAUCCUCUCAGCUGCCAGAAAUGACAAAAACUGAGGUGUACCAUGUCUCCUCCUCUAAAACAACAGUAAAGGAAAGUGUGACCGAAACUAUGAAGGAGACCACCAUUGUUGUUGAGAAGACAAAGGAGAAGCAAAGUGUUCCUGCCAAGAUCUUGACAAAACCAAUGUCCCUGACUGUAGAGGAGGGAGACAAUGCCAGGUUUGAGUGUAAUGUGGAUGGAGAACCGUCGCCUUCUGUGACCUGGCUGCACGAAGGACAAGCUAUUGGUCCCUCUGCCCGUCACCACAUCGUCUCUACUCAGUAUAGCUCCUCCUUCGAGAUCUCUGCUGUUGAGAUGUCGGAUGGAGGAAGCUACUCUCUGCGGGUGGAAAAUGCCGGAGGCAAACAAGAAGCCCACUUCACUCUGACAAUCCGCAAGUCUGAGUCCAAGGAGAAAGUUGUCACCAGAAUCACCUCCCCAGAGGCAAAGUCCCCUGAGCCAAUCAAAUCUCCUCAGAGAAUCAAGUCCCCUGAGCCAAUCAAAUCUCCUCUGAGGGUCAAGUCCCCUGAGCAAAUCAAAUCUCCUCAGAGAAUCAAGUCCCCUGAGCCAAUCACAUCCCCUCAGAGAGUUAAGUCCCCUGUGUCGCCAAAAUCUCCAACACCAAAGUCCCCGACUCCCAAAUCCCCGUCUGCGAAGGAGUUAUAGAAGCAGAGUCAACAAACUGCAAACUGAACAAGGCUCCGAACCGAAAGCUGAACCGACUCUGAGGGCCGACAUCUCCGAGGCUUCCUGAUGAAGGGGGGCGACGCCCUCCGACUGUCCACCGACUCUGCAAUGUUCACAUUUGCGCCAUGUAAAAAGAAAAAGUGAAUUAAUCCCUCUUUCCCUCUUCCACACACUUUUAUUUAGUUAAUUAGCAACAAUAAUCCUACGUGGUAAAGAUCUGGAUUUCUGUUCUUGUAAAUAUGAACUAUUUUUGUACCAAACUUGACAUUAAUUUAUGCCAAACUAGACUAAAGUCUGAAGUUGUUAUAAAAUGUGCCAUAUUGGACAAUUAUGACCAGAC